AGCAGCAAUGCCUGGUGCUCAUACUUGUCUGCACUUAAUGACUAGCUGACGGUCUACGUAAAAGCUCCAUCAUCGAAUCUCUGCGUUGCUAAGAGCUCUGCCUGGCUUGCAGGUACUGCAAAUAUCUGUGAUUUCAGAUUUAAAAAAUGUAUUAGACCACCCCAAAGCAGCUUUCAACCUCUUCGAUUUGAUAAUAUAAAAGGAAUAUAAUUAUUUAGAUUAAAUAAUGAAAAUGAUUUUCGUAUUUUAUCAUAUUAAACUAUGGUUAACUGAAGACGUGCACUUUGUUAUAGAUGACACUACACACUGAAGAUCCUCAAAUUCUCUGCCUAGAGAGGUAAGUGGAAUUGUCUCUUUACACUCAUUGGUGAGCAACUAAGGCUGACAGGGUUAUUUGCUAAAUUCAUAUUGCAAAUUGAAUUUAAAAUUUUAGAGCAAAACUGCUGAACAGGAAGCAUAGCUGACUUGGAAAUUUUAUUUUUUUAAUUAUCUAUUUUGGCCUUAAAUUUAAAAUUUGCUUUGAAUUCUAGAUUAUUCUCACUUUAGUAAAUAGCCUCUUAGUGUUACAUGCCAAAUAUAUUAUAAUCAGGAUUUAUUAACUGAAGCGGGGAUUGAUAUAAAUCAACAAGUGAAUUGUAAAUAUUAAGUCAAAGUAGCUGAAUUAUAAGGUUUACUGAAUAAUCCCAAAUUAUAUCACAAACAUGGCUUGUAAUGCUACUCAGCAUUCUAAUUUAGUUUUCUUUUAUUGAAUAAAUCUUUUUACCUUUAUUUAAAACUGGACAACUCGUUUUGUUUUAGUCAAUGGAAGCAUAUGGUCUCUCCAAAGCAUUUUUUUGUACUCAGAAAUGUGAUAUUCUUGUAAAUUUGCAAGUUUGCUCAUACAUACUAUUUAGUCACACAUUGUAGCCAUAUGUUUUCAUAGUAUCUGUACCUCUGUAAAAGUACCCAAGUUUUGGUGGAUCCAACCUAAAAUUUGUUUAUUUGAUUGUGCCUCCCACUGACCCUCGAAAUUAUACUAUACAAUGCCAAUUCAUUCCUUCCAAAAUCCUGUUGCCAACAGUGCAACCACUUACCGUCCAUCUUAUUCCCCACAGUCCCACCCCCAACUCUCAUCUUAAUUUCCACAGUGCACCCACACCUGCCUUCUAUUUUAUUUCCCAUAGCGCCCCCACACUCAACUUCCAUCAUAUUUCAUACAGUGCUUAUGGGGAGGGGGAAGGGGGAGUCAUAGGUAAAAUAUUAAGCUAUAGGACAAGUGUAGGCAACCUUUGACACUCCAGAUGUUGUGCACAACAUCUCCCAAUAUGCUCUUACAAGCAUAAUGCUGGCAAUGCAUCAAGGGAGACGUAGUCCAUAACAUCUGGAGUGCCAAAGGUUGACUACCCUUCCUAUUGGGAUUGUGGAGUGAAAUAUGAAGUGACACUGAAAUGCAAACCACUGUAAUCCAACUGAUAUAUUAGAUAAGCACGCUGCCUGGUAAUAGAAGUGUUCAUAGGCAAGCAGUUUAAAUUGUUUGUUUGUAUAAUUUGUAAGAAUCUAUCGCUAUUAGUAACUAAGAUUUUCAAGGUCAACAGUUGCUACUGCUUCCUACUAUCUUGCUAGAAAAGCGCUAACAAAGGGUAUUUGUAUUAUAUUGUAAAAAAUUGUAUAAAAGGGGAUAGAUCACAUUCCUUUGUUUGUAACUGAUAACUUGUAGAUAUACAACAUUUCAAGCUCUCUGCCCCACAAUUAGUAUUUCACUGCUUCUCUUUCAAAUGCAAAAAGACAUGAUCCUACAUUUCCACAACUCCGGCCUCUGACUGGCUCAUUGGAAAAGGCUUUUUAAGAGGGUGGUGGGUGUUUGGCUAAUAAAAUGAUAUUGCAUAUGAGAAAAUUUAAUAAUAUAUGAGAUUAUAUAGGCUAUACACGGUUAGGCAAACUUUGGCUCUCCAGAUAUUUUGGACUAUGUCUCCCAUGAUGUUUACCAGCAUUAUGGUAGAUGAACCAGAGGAGAUAAAUAUAAUGAUCUGGUAUAUGGUACCAUGGGAAUAAUACAUGAAAUUAUAUAUCAUAUAGGAUUAUGGUGUGAGAUAUGAAAUGUUAUGGUGUAUAAGAUCAAGCAUGAAAUAUGGCAUAUGGGAUCAACAUGUGACAUAUCAAAUGACAUAUAAGAUCAUGGUGUGAAAUAUGAAAUGAUAUGACUAGCUGGAUUACAUGGUCAGAUUUUAAAAUAUGGUAUGCUGUCUAAUGGUAUCAAAUAUGAAAUAAUAUAGAAAAAAACUGCCUUGAUAUUUAUUCUCUAUUGAAAAAAAAUCUGUGGAUACCCAUGUACUUACCAAUGAAACAGUUAACGUAUCUACAGAUUUUGAGCUCAUAAUAUUUUAAUUCUACUUCUGGGGUGCUGUUCUGAUUACAGCGGUGUGCCAUUAGCCACUACGUCAUACAUUGCAAUCUGUUCCCCAAUGCAUUGAUUAAGAUGCAGUUUGCAAUGAAUGAUGGGAUCCACAAACUACCCCUACAUGCUGUAGAGUAAAUAUGACUAAAAUCAAAUUUACUCAGGAAGCUAGUUCUAUACCUAUAGUGUUUUGUCAGCUCCAGUAACUCUAUGUAAACCAUCUAUUCUAUAACGAAUUGUCAAGAUGCUCCCUGCUAAGUCUCUCAUGCUCAGCUGUCCUUAGACUUAUCUCUAAGCAGCUUUGCAUCACGUCUUAUGCUUAAUUAACCAGAAGUUUGCUUCUUCCUGAAAUAUUGACUUUCUGAUACUUAAUUUAAAUGAUCAGCAAUUCUGAAAUUUAAGCCAUGUCCUAACCCUAACCACUACUCUAUACCCAAUUGCACAACCUGCAGAGAUAGGUAAAGUUUACGCUUCUCCAGUGGCAAUACACAGAUAAGUCUACAUCAGAAUCUACAUCUAUGGAUGGAGCCUCAGCCUGUUCCAAAUAUGUUCCUAGUUUAAUAUUGUCUUACUAAUAGUGGCAUACACAAGCAGUAUUGUGUAGAUAAGGGACAAAAAAUGUAGUCCAGUGCUAUAGUUAAAUCUAUUACCUCCUAUGAGUAAUGGCUUAGCAUGGCAUUGCAGGUUUGUUGACUGUAUUUGGCUGUUGGCUAUGCAUCUGGCACAGUAGCUUCAAUGCACUCACAUAAAAGGGUCCACUGCUUGUUUUGCCAAGGUAAAAGAGGCGAAAAGUAUUUGUUAAACCUCAGGGAAUUUGUGUGGAUAAAUUACAGAGUGGGUACAUAUGCAGACUUAUUCACUAAAGUGAGAAUUGGUUGUAAUUCCAAGUGAAUUCAAAGUGAACUUUUAGGCAAACAUGGCAGAGCUUAAACAAUUCUCCAAGUUAGCUAUGCUAACAGAUCGGGUAUUUUGGACUUAAAGGUUUAAUCCAUGCACUAUGACCACUUCAUAACGUGUAUCUUUCUGUUAAAAACCGUGCAUUUACAAGACAAACCCCUUAUCCGCUGUCUAAUGUUAGUUAUGUGAAACUUUUAGACUACCAGGGAGCAUCAGAGCCCAGAAGGGACCAAGGUAUAGUUUUGCCCAUAACAAAGGAACCGGGUCAGGGUACUUUUGGCAUUAUAACCACUACAGCAUGCUGCAGUGUUUAUGAUGCUUUAAGAAACUCUUUGAAUAUAAAAUUCACUUUAUAUUUACUAAGAAUCCCUGAUCAUUCUCACUUUAGUCAAAAAUCCUGUAAAUUUACUAUUGUCCCUAACUUACCAAAUUGUCUCCAGAAUUGAUUAGGUGCAUUCCUAUUCAGCGUCCAUCCAAUCCCAGCUGGCCCUAUAAGUGUCUGAGGUAGCUCAGCAAUUGCCCAGGAAUUAUUGUUUUUUAUGAUUCCUCAUCUACUUCUAUCAAUUAAUAAAUCAAUACAUAAAUGAAUGAAACAGGUGCUCCAGGAUCUCCUAUUCUGUGAGAGGAAACAAUAUCUUUUAUAACUUCAGUGGCUGGCUAAGUUGUGUAAAACAUGUCCAGAGUUGCUGUAGAGAUACAUGGAGUGAAAAUAUUUCUAAAGCCGAGGCAUGAUGAUAUUGUAUAAAUAUGUUUGGGAAAUAUGUUAAGAUAAAUAAUAAUUUUCAUUUGUCUUUGUGUGCAAUAGUGGGAUAGAAGCGAACCUUCUCAAUGUGCGGCAGCACAAACUGGAACAACAGGUACCAUAUUUGUACUAAAUAAUGUGUGUAUGUUGACGUUGUUUAAUAUCUGCUUUUGAAAAUUGUUUGUCUACCAAAUUGCUAUCAGAUUCUUCCCAUUAGAGGCAUAUUUCACCCUGCAAUGUAAGCAUGGCCAUAUCUACUAAAUGGCAAAGCUUUACGUUGCAGGGUUUAAACUAAAGGACCACUGCACCUAGACCACUUCAUUGAGUUGUAGUGGUCUGUGUGCCUUUAGUGGCCCUUUAAAGAUGCAAGAUACAAUGUGAUUCCCUUCCCUAGCAUUACCUUCUGACCUAAUCUUGAUGUCACAGAUCCACUAAGUCAGGGGUAGGCAAUCUUCGGCACUCCAGAUGUUGUGGACUACAUAUCCCAGAAUGCUUUUACAGCUAUAAUGCUUGCAAAGCAUCAGGGGAGGUGCAACCUUCAGCAACAUCUGGAGUUAAAGGUUGCCUACCCCUACACUAAGUGAACCUGAUCAGUUAAAGGAACAGACAGAAGUACAGAUUAGCUUGUUCUUGUAUCUAGAGUUCAGUCCCAAUGAACUCUCUAAUAUUAUUUGGUUUAUCUUGAUACAAAGCUGACUUUAUGAGAGCCUCUUGAUAUACACUGUAAAGAAAAUAAAGGACAUAAAAAGACUGAUCACAAACAUUAAUCUGAGAUCUGGAUAGCAUGCCAUACAGGAUAAUUGUAUUUCCUAUAGCGUUUUAUCUUUGGAAUGGCAUGUGCUCUUUGACAUAUUUGAAAAUGUUCUCUAUUAGUAAAUUCUGCAUAUCUUAUUAUUGUUGCAUACUACUGAUUUCAUUCACUCCUCUUUACAAAUAUUUUCCAUAAAUUCCAAGCGAGACCUCUUUGAAAAAAAACAGAAAAAGAAGAGACAGGAACCACUGAUGGUUCAAGCCAACCCAGAUAUUAAGCUGAUGCCUCGACACUCUCGGAAGUCUGGAGAGCAGAGCAUAUUAUUGGACUCUUGCAGCGUCUCCAGCAUUUACUUAGGUAUGAAAAAUAUUAGUAACCCAAAACAGAAGGGAAAUAGGUAUUUUUAUUUUCAUCAUGGGGUUAUUCCAACUCUUUGAGAGUCGCAUCUCCUUGCCACAUUCCUUUCUGUCUCCAUUUUGCCACUUACUGCAUGGUUUUGUCAACAAACUACUCAAAAAAGAGAACAAACGAAAGCUAGAAUAUUAAGUGCACCUCAAUGCUACCACCGUUAAUGAAGGAAAAACACGUUUCAGUAUUAAUUACCCUUUCUCAAUGUACAAUUCCCUAAAUAUUCUGUUUUGUGUGUGUUCCUUUUCUUUUAUGGUUAGCGCUGAAACCAUUCGGGAGGUCUUCCAUGAAGGGAAUCCAUUCACCUCCCGAAUGGUGACCAGCCCGAUACCUCAUUUAGAAUGUUAGGUUAGAACGUUCACACCUCGCUACAUAGGUGUCAAACCGCAAAGGGAAACAGUUAAUGAGUGCUUCCCUGGGUGGCCACCAUUCAUACAGAUGAACGCCACCAGGGGGAGCAUUCAUGGAUUGUUUCCCGACUCGUUGGUCUCCCGAACGAGGAUCUCCCUGGUGCUCCAUUGGAACGUUCACACCAAUUAAUCAGAACGUUCACACUCACAACAUAAGUGUAAACCCCCAGGUAAGUAAUUAAUGAGUGCUCCCCGUCCUGGUGAAAACUACAUCAACAGUUUAAAGUGCAAAGAAUAUUAAUCUAUGAUUUCACAGUUCAACCAUGAUAUACAAUAUUGUUAAAAGUUAUUUUUAUUUUUACAUUUAUUUUUAUUUUGGAUUUUUAUUUUGGAUUUUAUAUAAAAAUUAACUUUUUUGGUUUUUGUAUUCAUAGAUGUUACCACAAUGUUCAUCAGUACAUACUAGUUCAUAAGUAAUCUUAGCCAUUUAAAACGCCACCAAGGGGAGCAUUCGUGGAUUGUUUCCCGACUUGUUCAUCUCCCGAACGAGGAUCUCCCUGGUGCCCCAUUGGAACGUUCACACCAAUUAAUCAGAACGUUCGCACUCACAACAUAAUUGUAAACCCCAAGAGAAGUAAUUAAUGAGUGCUCCCCUGGGUGGCCGCCAUUUCGUAUAGACAAACGCCGUCCAGGGGGAGCAUUCGUAUCCCGAAAGGAGACGCUUCCCUUGUCGAGUUUCACACAGGGACCUCACGAGCGGAGCCUGGUUGAAGAAGGCUGUGAGGUCCCCUGAGGCUGGUGUGGGGCACUGGGGCUACUCCUGGGGCACUGGCUAGGUUGGCGUGCUUGUCGGCUUUUCUGUACCUGGGAGAUAUAGGGACGGUCCCUUUUUCCUGCGCCUGGACUCCCAGGCACAGAGGCCCUUGGGAAGAGGACCCUCUGGCGGCUAGUGUGGGAAACCCUGUGUUCACAGUGGCGGCUUUGGGGACUAAGGGAACAAAGUCCCUUCCCGGGCUAGGGUCCCAGGGAGGGGGAGGAUCUUGGGAUGUGUCCCUGUAUGUUUGUGUUGAAAACCCCUUGCACGGGGUAUGCAUAAAAGCUGUGUGUGGCCAAUAAAAGUGUGUUGUACCCCCAGGACUGUGUGUCGUCCAGUUACCGGGGGGAAAUGGGUCUAUUUGUACUUUACAUGGUUCCUGACCAGCUGAAGGAAGGGAAUUAGUGGAGGUAACCAGUCGGGUUACCCGUGAUCCGCUACAAUGGUUUUGCAACUUUAAAUAUAAUUAUCUUUGUUCUUGUGUUGAAAUUAAAUACCCAAAGUACAGCAGUUCAUUAAUAUUUAGCCAUUUGUGUACCAGAAUAUGACUGGCAAACAAUCCGUUUUGGUUAAUAACUGAUAGUCUGGAUGACCCAACUCUGGAGAGUAUAAACUGAAAAGGCAGAUUAUGUAUAAUUGCCAGCUGGUUUGCCAACCAACAGGAAAUAUGACUGAAUAAUCUGUGAAGCGUCAGCAAAUCAAGAAAGCCUUUCCUUGUAACAAAGAACGUGAUUGAGCUUGACUAUACCUUAUAUAUACUAGAACUAAAUAAAUAUCUGGAUUGGGCAAUAACUGAAGACUGGAUUUGACAGUAGCCGAGGACUGGAGACAGGACCUGACUGAAAGAAUGAACAUGAUGCAGUAUUAUACUUAUUACAAGAGAAUUAUGGCUAGAACUGUAGGAGUAGAGGGAUUAUAGUGCCAAAUUAGGCAGAUUAAUGGUCUUUAACACGUCAUACACUAUGAAAAAUAUUAACUGGAGAAGGCAAGAGUGAAAUAGGUAACUUUUUAUUUUCAUUCCUGCUGUGCCCUGGCACCAAGUACAAGAGUUUUGAGAUAAAAAGGCGAGGCAGAACCCUGACAAAAAUGCCAUGGGAACGCAUAGAGGAAGUCGGAGUGAAGGAAAGAGGAGGGGAGGCCUUUCACACUUAAUAAUAAAUAUAAAGAGGUACCAAGGUAGUAUCAGCAGAGGUAUGGGAGUCUAUAGAGCAGGCCAGUCUGAGAUUUUGAGAACAUCAGCUGGGGAACUAACCGCCUUUCAGUGCACCCAUAUAUUUAGAAUUACUAAGCCCUCAAUUAAACCAAGAAGUUAUUAACAGCAAUCUUAACUAGAGUUCUUUACACCAUUGAUAUAAUAAUAAUUUUAAUAAUAUAGUAUAAUAAUAAUAAUAAUGAUAAUAAUAGGUAUUGUUACACACAGAGAACUAUUUAAUUAGAUAAACUGGUGAAAAAGGUAUUGAGAUCUCAGCCCGUGAGCAGCAAUCUAACAUUUGUAGUACUUUGAUAUUUGUAGUACGAUAUUGUGCAAUGAGACAAAAUGUACAGUUAGCAGCCAGUGUCUAGUUGUUUUAACACAACUGGUGAAUUAUGGUAUAUAAAUUAAAAUUAAGAAAUGGUGAGUGGAAGAUGUAGAAGAGAUUAUGAGCUUAUAUUUGAAAUAAGAACAAAAAGAGAACAUAUACAUAGUGAAUUAUUUAAUUACAAAGGAAAAAAUGAAUAAAAACAAUGGAUACACUCACAAAAAGAAUGGCACAAAGAGAAAUAUUUCUAUUUGUGCUAAAGAGCUUGUCACCCACUAAAGGGCUAAGUCCACAUACAGUUGGUAUCAGCCUUGGUACCUCAGGGUGUCAGUCACUCACUGUGUUCACCAAUCUUCACAUUAAAUUGGAAAGAGUUGAAUGUUGUCCUGUAGAUCUGGCAGGUAUUGGCUAUUGGCUUUAAUCCUUGGGGAUACUUCAAGCUUCUCUCCGCUCAACGCGUUUCGUCUGGCGACUUUGUCAAGAGCUGUGUCUAUUCCUCCAUUCCGGCUGUUUAAAUACAGUAGAUUGCGCAGCUUUCAAUAGCACGCGCGUGCAUAGAACAAGGGAAAGAAACAACGAACUUAGUCAUGUUUCUCACUGCACACGUGUGCGCUUCCAGCCUGAACCGCAAACAACUUUAUUGACAAUUUACGCCGGGAGACACUGUUCCAUUCAGAACCUAGAAAUCUUACGGAACAAAGUGCAUCAGCGGUGAAAACUACAUCAACAGUUUAAAGUGCAAAGAAUAUUAAUCUAUGAUUCCACAGUUCAACCAUUAUAUACAAUAUUGUUAAAAGUUAAAAAGUAGUCGAUAUUUAAAACAUUGACAAAUUAAAAUAUGUAUUUCAAAUUAUUUGAAAUAAUCAUUGCUCUUUAUUUGGGGAGAAGCAGGAUAAGGGUGCUUUUUUCAAACCAAGGCCUCCAUUUAAUAUUUUUGAAUGAGCUUUUCAAAUGAUUUAAUAUUUUUGGAUACCUUUUAAAAUUAUAUUUUCAAAAUGUAAAAAAAAUAUUAUAUAUUGUAUAAAAAAAAUCAAUAUAGAAAAAACAUCAUUUUUUAAAAAUAUAUAAUCUUUUAAAAAGUUUAUCUAAAAAUAUUUGAAUUCAGGCCUAUCAAAAUUACAAUACAGGACAGGCAAUCGUCUCUAAUGAUUUUUACCUAUAUACCUUGUUUAUUAAUGGAUUAUAUUACACUUUGGGCUUUUAAUUUAUUGAAUUUUAUUUUCAUGUGUUUUUUUUUUUUUUAAUGAAAUAAUGCAUUCUUUUUCUUUCUGUAUUUAUUACAAAACUAUUUCAGGUGCCUCCAAUCUUGGCAUGCCAGAAGGACUAUCAGGGGCUCCCAAUCACACACCCAAAAGCCGUUCACGUAGUUGCCCAAGGAAUAACGAACUCGACAAUGAACAAGGAAGCAAAGAGAAAGAUCAGUAUAGAGGUACAUUGUAUGGUAUAUAUAUCAAAUAUGCAUGUACCAGGGCAUGAUACAUUAUUUAUUUGAUCAUGUGGGGAAUUGAUACACUAUGUACAAUUUUAUUAAUUAUUACACCCUUUGUGUUUAAUCUAUAUUUCUCUAUUGUAUUUAGUUAAUUUUGCAUUUAUGUUAUCAGUUCACCAGAAGAAAACAUGUAACAUAUAUUUAAUAGACUUGUACACUCAGUUUCUUCCGUAUAUCGAUUUGUCUGAAUUUAGGGGCAAUCGACAUUUCCCCUGAAAUCCCAAACUCCGAAACAAUAUAUGAACGCAUCAUAAAACAAAUGAAAUGGACAUGGAAGGAUUUUGUUUGAUUUUAAUUUGGAGUUCCACCCAUGGCACCAAAAAAAAGAUGAUUGAUGGUUAGUGAUGUCCCGAACGGUUCGCCGAACAGUACGCCACGGACGGCAAACAUAUGCGCUGUUCGGUCCACCCCCUAUUCGUCAUCAUUGAGUAAACUUUGACCAUGCACCUCACAGUCAGCAGACACACUCCAGCCAAUCAGCAGCAGACCCUCCCUCUCAGACCCUCCCAGGGCCGGACUGGGAGAAAAAUUCGGCCCAGGCAUUUUUUUAACACAGCGGCCCACUAAGAAGGGGGCGGGGCAGAGGAGGUGUGUUUUGUCAUCACCAAUGACAAACACGCCUCCUCUCAAAGUGAGCAUGUUUGUUCAAUGCUCUUCCAGGGCAGACCAUGCGCAGAGCUCUGCUGAAGAGCUCUAGCAUGAGAAAAAAGCUCUGUAUUUGUUCUGCACAGUGCAAGCAAAUUUAAUAACAUGCUUGCACUGUGUUUCCUUGCAACUUGUCUCUGGUGUCUCUAUAAAUGGAUACCAGGAGACAAAAGGGCCAGGAAAGAGUAUUGUGCAUGUGUUUGGAGCCUGCUUGUGGUAUUGCGUGUGUGUAGAGUGAGCUGAUUGUGGUGUGGUAUUGUGUAAUAAGGUUGGUUUUAGUCAUGUUGUGUUUGUAGUGUAAAGUGGUGUAAUGUGAUGCAUAUGUGGCUAUGGGCUGUAGAGAAUGUGUGUAUUGGGGAUAUAGCAAGUGUGUGCAUACAAGCUAUAGUGUGUGUGUGUGUAUAUAGGUGAUGUAGUGUGUGUUUAGGGGUGUAGUAUGUGUUUGCUUACAAGGAAUCUAGUGUGUGUAUAGGGGAUAUAUAUAUAUAUAUAUAUAUAUAUAUAUAUAUAUAUAUAUUUGGAAGUAUUGUGUAUGUGUGUUGGGGGGGUUCUGUGUGUGUGUGAGAGUGCCGUGUGUGUGAUGGAUGUGAGAGUGCUGUGUGAGAGAGUGCUGUGUGUGAUGGGUGUGAGAGUGCUGUGUGUGAGAGAGUGCUGUGUGUGAUGGGUGUGAGAGUGCUGUGUGUGAGAGAGUGAUGUGUGUGAGAGAGUGCUGUGUGUGAUGGGUGUGAGAGUGCUGUGUGUGAUGGGUGAGAGAGUGCUGUGUGUGAUGGUGUGAGAGUGCUGUGUGAGAGAGUGCUGUGUGUGAUGGGUGAGAGUGCUGUGUGAUGGGUGAGAGAGUGCUGUGUGUGAUGGGUGUGAGAGUGCUGUGUGUGAUGGGUGAGAGAGUGCUGUGUGUGAGAGUGCUGUGUGUGAUGGGUGAGAGAGUGCUGUGUGUGAUGGGUGUGAGUGUGCUGUGAGAGAGAGUGCUGUGUGUGAUGGGUGUGAGAGUGCUGUGUGAGAGAGUGCUGUGUGUGAUGGGUGAGAGUGCUGUCAGAGAGUGCUGUGUGUGAUGGGUGUGAGAGUGCUGUGUGUGAUGGGUGUGAGAGUGCUGUGUGUGAGAGAGUGCUGUGUGUGAUGGGUGUGAGAGUGCUGUGAGAGAGAGUGCUGUGUGUGAUGGGUGUGAGAGUGCUGUAUAAAUGUUAGAAUGGAUUGUGUGUGUGUAGGGGGGUAAAUAAAAACAAAAAAACAGGCAUUAAAUCCCCCCCCCCUUCUUACCUUCAGCCUGUGAGGGGGGGGGGGGCGGCACACUGGGACUGGGAAUGGGUGGCAGUGUUCCCUGUGGGGCUAGAGUUCACUCUCGCGAGACACGGUCGUUGCCAUGGCAACGCGCCGGAUCUCGCGAGAGGAACCCGGCGGAGCUUCAAGUUAGAGCUCCGCCGGGUCCUCCUCUCCUGGCGGCUGUCUGUCUCCCUCCCUCUCUCCCCGCCGGCGGCUGCAUUUGGGCCGGUGAGGGAGAGCUUUGAUCUCCCCACCGGCCCUUCAUGGCAAACAGCGGGGCCGGCGCUAGGAGAGUGCCGGCCCUGCAUAGACCAGCAGGGGAGAUCCUGGGACCUCCCCUGCCGGCCUCGGCCCCACGGCCACCGCGGCCCACCGGUGUGCCCGAUGGCCAGUCCGGGCCUGGACCCUCCCACCUCCUGGACAGCUCACUAAGAAUGCAGCUUCACAAUGAAUGUAAAAUGGAUGCUGUCCAGGAGGUGGGAGGGUCUGGGAGGGAGGGUCUGCUGCUGAUUGCCUGGAAUGUGUCUGCUGACUGUGAGGUACAGGGUCAAUGUUUACUCAAUGAUGACAUAGGGGACGGACCGAACAGUGCAUAUGUUCGCCAUCCAUGGCGAACCGUUCGGCGAACCGUUCGGGACAUCACUAUUGAUGGUUAGGGGACAGCCAAUAAAUUUCGAUUUUAUUUAUUGAUCAAGGGAGAUGUGACCAGUAGACAGAAGAAAUUAAGAGCAGUACAAAAAUAAAAAUAUGUAUUAUUACACACACAUAUAAAUAUAUGAAAAUAUAAUUUUUUACUGUUCUUCCUCUUUUUCCCUCUAUUAUUACUAACUCACUUAAUGUUCAAAACGAAAAAUGGCACGGAUGUUGUUUUUUUGAAUACCAUAAAAAAACAAAUGGCACGGAUGUUGUUUUUUUGAAUACCAUAAAAAAACAAAUUGAUAAACCAAAUUCUUUGGUCGUGCAGAAGUCUAAUAUUUAAUAAGGUUAGAAAGGUGCUCUUUAACCCAUACAACUGGUACAGUAAACUGAAAGUUUUUUUGUCUUUUUCUGCUGUUUUGGCUAGAAUAUUUUCUGACCCAUCAGUGCCCACUCUAUAUGUCACAGGAUUACAUACUGGAAUUAAUAAUCCCCUGAGGAACUAUAAAUGGGGACAAAAAUAUACAAUAUGGAAGAAUUAUUUCAAAGUUUCAGAAUGGAGAAGUCCUAUUGGUCACUCAGUGGAAUGUGUUGACACUGUGUAUUGUACACCUGGAAGCCCAUGUUGAUCUCUAUGCUGUAACCUAGUGCCAUGGUCCAUAAUAGACUUGCAAGUCAGCCUUGGUACACAUUUAGUAUAGAUGUGUAUUGUGGCAUUCAUGUUCAAUUCAAUGUCCACAAACUGCAGAGUCAGAUUAACAAUAAGUGACAUUAGGUGACUGUCUAGGGCCCAGAGGUUAGACAAGUACUCUAGUAGCAUAAACUUGCAAAGUAACCUGCCUCUGACACUAUGGGAUCUUUAUCCUUAUCUUAUUAGCUCAUGAAAAAAUAGAUUUCUAAUGUAAUAAUAUAAAAUUAAUUUAAAAAAAUAGACAUUCUGACCAUGUGCAGAUCAAACAACUAAUAGGUAAAGUCUGACAUACACAAUACAUGCACCCUCUAUACAGUAUGCACAGGGCCGGUGCAAGGAUUUUUGCCGCCCUAGGCAAAAGUAAAGUUUGUCGCCCCCCUCAUCCCCCAUGUGAUCUGCCAUGUUAACUAACGCCAGUGCUGCAGUGCCGCCGUGUUUAAAUUAAAAGGCCUGCAGGGCCUGAAGUGGUUCUGGGGACUAGAGAUUAGUGCCACGAAUAAUAUACUAGAUUGCCUACUUACAACCAGAUGAGGAUGAUGAUGGGCUCUAGCUGCAGUCUGGCUCCACUGGUCUGGUGUAGAACAGGCUCCCUGGAGGCUGUUUGUAACUGUGGUCACAAAAAUCAAUGUUCUGGGAGAAUGGGAAGCAGCUCCAUUUUUUAAGGCCCUCUACACACAAGGUCUGGGUCCCAGGGUCCACUUUCAUGUUCCACCAAUGAGUUUGUUCACAGGGGGUGGAGUAGGGGGAUGUCCGGAUAUGUGUGUAAGGAAUGCAUUGUGUGAAUCUGUGUUUGUAUGUGUAAGGGUUGCAAGGUGUGUUUCUGUGUAUGUACGGGAUGCAUUGAGUGUGUGCAUCAGUAAGGGGUGCAUUGAGUGUGUGUAAGGAAUGCAUUGUGGUUUCUGUGUGUGUAAGGGAUGCAUUGUGUGUAAGGGUUGCAUUGCUUGUGUGUGUGUGUCUGUGUGUGUAAUGCAUUGUGUGUUUUUCUGUGUGCAAGGGGUGCAUUGUCUAAAAAUUUACUAAAAAUAGUCAUCCGUAAUGCUGUAUGAAGCUGAAAAAUACCUUGGAUCUCUGCAGGGGAAGGGAAAACCCUAAGACAAGGUACCCUAACAAUCUGUGGCUUCGAGGGCACCCCUUAAAAGUAAUGCCUAAUAUUCCCACUGCAAUAGGAUGAAACCUCCCUCCAACAGCCUGAGAAGUAUAGCUAGAAUAGAGACCCUGACUCACUAGUUAGUUAAACCGCUCAUGAUAGAUAGUUGUUAGUAACUAUACUCAUGGGCGUCCGCAGGAAUUUUUCCGGGGGAGAGGGGGGAGAGGCAUAAUUAUAAUGACAUCCAUGUUUGGCCCCUUUUUGACAGUGUCAUGAAGGGGAGGGGCAUAGUCAUUAUCAUAUAAAGCCAGGAUAAAUAGCGUUUUCACAACUAUGGUGUCAGGAAUACAUAGAAUGUGACGGCAGAUAAGAACCAUUCGGCCCAUCUAGUAUGCCCAAUUUUCUAAAUACUUUCAUUAGUCCCUGGCCUUAUCUUAUAGUUAGGAUAGCCUUAUGCCUAUCCCACGCAUGCUUAAAUACCUUUACUGUGUUAACCUCUACCACUUCAGCUGGAAGGCUAUUCCAUGCAUCCACUACCCUCUCAGUAAAGUAAUACUUCCUGAUAUUAUUUUUAAACUUUUGUCCCUCUAAUUUAAUACUAUGUCCUCUUGUUGUGGUAGUUUUUCUUCUUUUAAAUAUAGUCUCCUCCUUUACUGUGUUGAUUCCCUUUAUAUAUUUAAAUGUUUCUAUCAUAUCCCCCCUGUCUCGUCUUUCCUCCAAGCUAUACAUGUUAAGAUCCUUUAAACUUUCCUGGUAAGUUUUAUCCCACAAUCCAUGAACCAGUUUAGUAGCCCUUCUCUGAAUUCUCUCUAAGGUAUCAAUAUCAGGGCUCGAGUCCUGCAGGAACGCAUGGGAACGGCGUUCCUGCACUUUUUCCAAAGCAGGAACGCCGUUCCCGUUACCUGUCCUGCAGGACCGGCCCUGGUCCCUGCACUGAGGGGCCGUCACAUGCUGUGUUCCUUCUCCAGUUAUAACUCUCGCGAGACCCGCGGCUGUUACCAUGGCAACGCUCCGCACAGGCGAGUCUCGCGAGAGUUAGAGCUGGAGAGGGAACACAGCGUGUGAUGGCCCCUCUGUGCAGCGGCUGCCUCCCUCCAGCAUACCACCGGACCACCAGGCGAUCUCCCCCCUCCCUGACAAGGUAAGAAGCAGGGAGGGGGGGAUAAAAUAAAAAAAAAUAUAGACACAUAAAGUUAAAAAAAAUGCUCCCCCCCCCACACCCAUCAUCCAGCACUCACACACCCAUCAUCCAGCACUCGCACACCCAUCAUCCAGCACUCACACACCCAUCAUCCAGCACUCACACACACAUCAUCCAGCACACACACACACAUCAUCCAGCACACACACACAUCAUCCAGCACUCACACACACACCCAUCAUCCAACACACACACACAUCAUCCAGCACUCACACACACAUAAUCCAGCACACACACACACACACAUCAUCCAGCACACACACACACACACACAUCAUCCAGCACGCACACACACAAUCAUCCAGCACACACACACAAUCAUCAAGCACACACACACAAUCAUCCAGCACACACACACAUCAUCCAGCACUCACACACACAUCAUCCAGCACUCACACACACACACACAUCAUCCAGCACUCCACACACAUCAUCCAGCACCACACACACACAUCAUCCAGCACACAGCACACAUCAUCCAGCACCACACACAUAAUCCAGCACACACACACACACACACACACACACAUUGUAUAAACCAACCUCGCCACUGUGAACUGGAGAAGCCUGGUUGCUCGCCUGCUCCCUUUGGACUAUGGCCCUGCAGGUUAAACCGUUUAUUUCCCCUGCAGAAAGGCUUAUUUGUGGGAUCUGAGUGCCAUUCAUCUAAUAAUGUGCACUCAGAUCCCAGCUAUCUGGGGAUAUGUGAAAUGUCUGUGUGUUAUGUGUAAAUGUGACUUUAUGUAUUUUAAAGUGUUUUUGUGUCUUUUUGCAACCAUGUGCUUAAUGGAGUCUUGUGUCUAUCCUGGGAGAUAAUUUAAUUACUCUCCAGGAUAGAAGACUCUGAAACUGGUUUGGGCCAGAAAGCCAUGCUUCAUUUAGUCACAAAGGACUUUCCCUUAACUUUUGAACCCCUGGUCUGAUUCGUGCCAUUUUUUAAUAUGUUGUUCCUCUGAAUGGAUUGAUUAUGAAAAUGUAUGUUUUAUGUUUGUGACAUGUAUAUUUUAGAAGUUAGAAAUAUUGUGUAAAAACUGUAUUCCUCUGCCGGUGAUAAUGAGAUUACCCAUUGUGUUCAGUAAUCAUAUCACAUGCAGAGGGGAGGAUUUUGUGUGGGAGUGUCUGGGUGUAUUGUACGGAUUGAUUGGUUGUUUUGUAACGCCCUGUGGGCUGUACUAUGUUUGUGGAUUGGGAAUAAAAGAGACUGUAUGUGACAGUACAGGGAGUUCCUGUUUUAACCCUCAAAGUGAAGUGUCGUCUCAUUAUUGGGGGAAGGAUUUAUUGUAUGCUGUUCCAGUUUGACUGCUAGGAGAGUAAACCUAUUCGUAUGGUUCCUAUUCAACUGUCUACAGCAUUCAUAUGCUUGAGAGAAGGUUAACGCUUCUCUGGUUCGGUGAUUGUGGCGUCUGCUGCAGUGCUUGGAGUCCUCAGAAGCGCUAGGACAAUCUUUCAACGGAGGUACCCAGUCGAGGUGCCAGGCGAUCCGUUACAUUGGUGGCAAGCGGCGGGAUCGUUCCUACAACCAGAAAGACAGCUACAGGGCAACACCAUUCCUUGGAUUACAAAGUGAGGGCAACGCCAGUACCCGUACAGCGACCCUAUCUACAAAGGAACCAACGUCGGCAGAGCAAGCAUGGCGUCUGACUUCACUCAGGAGGAGUUUGACAGAGAGGUUGCCAUGCGGCUGGCUUACUUUGGCCCCAACCCAGAGGAGAAAUAUGUACAGUUCGUGAGGAAGUUGGCAGCAGAAUACCUGCAGUUCCUGGCAGACCAAACCAAAGGUAUCAGCCGCCCUAUCCGGGGGCAGAGUGCGUUACGGGGACUCAAAGGUGUACCCCAGGGAGCAGAAGGUGUUGUUCUUCCUCCCCAGCGGCAGUGUGUACCUCAGGGAGCUGAGGGUGUUGUUCUUCCUCCCCAGCGGCAGUGUGUGUCCCAGGGAGCUGAAGGUACAGUACUUCCUCCCCAGCGGCAGUGUGUAUCCCAGGGAGCUGAAGGUGUCGUCCUUCCUCCCCAUCGGCAGUGUGUACCCCAGGGAGCUGAAGAUGUCGUCCUUCCUCCCCAGCGGCAGUGUGUAUCCCAGGGAGCUGAAGGUGCAAUCCUUCCUCCCCAGCGGCAGUGUGUAACCCAGGGAGCUGAAGGUGCCGUCCUUCCUCCCCAGCGGCAGUGUGUACCCCAGGGAGCUGAAGGUGCCGUCCUUCCUCCCCAGCGGCAGUGUGUACCCCAGGGAGCUGAAGGUGCCGUCCUUCCUCUCCAGCGGCAGUGUGCAUCCCAGGGAGCUGAAGGUGCCGUCCUUCCUCCCCAGCAGCAGUGUGUACCCCAGGGAGCUGAAGGUGCCGUCCUUCCUCCCCCAGCACCAGUGUGUACCCCAGGGAGCUGAAGGUGCCGUCCUUCCUCCCCAGCGGCAGUGUAUAUCCCAGGGAGCUGAAGGUGCAGUCCUUCCUCCCCCAAUGGCAGUCUGUGUACCCCAGGGAGCUGAAGGGUGCAGUCUUCCUCCCCAGCCAGUGUGCCCCAGAGCUGAAGGUGCCGUCCUUCCUCCCCAGCGGCAGUGUAUCCCAGGGGAGCUGAAGGUGCGUCCCUUCCUCCCCAGCGGCAGUGUGUAUCCCAAGGAGCUGAAGGUGCAGUCCUUCCUCCCAGCGGCAGUGUACCCCAGGGAGCUGAAGGUGCAGUCCUUCACUCCCCAAUGACGGAGAAUGUGUACCCAAGCUGAAGGUGCAGUCCUUCCUCCCCACCGGCAGUGUGUACCCCAGGGAGCUGAAGGUGCCGUCCUUCCUCCCCAGCGGCAGAGUGUCCUGCAGGGAGCAGAGACCGUCAGUCUCGCACCCCAACCACAGGACAAAAUAAUGAAAGGGGAGACAGCUGGUCCCCCUCUCCACCAGCAGAGAGAGUGUCAGGAAGAGGAGCCUGAUACCCCCUCUCCCCAGCGGCAGUUUACAGUUCAGAGAGAGGAGCUUGUUACACCCUCUCUCCAGCGGCAGCCUAACCCAGCAAGGGGAGAUGUUACACCCCCCAACAGUGCAGAUGGGACUGUAGUCUCUGCACUUACAGCACAAGGGGUAGGGACAGUCGGUCCUGUUCCCCAGCCACAGAGCGGUGUAUCCAGAGGGGAGACAGUCGGUCUCUCCCUCCCACAACCAGGCUCCCACCAGGCUACUUCCGUGGUAGCACUGGCAUCAGGGCAGAGUACCGCUGGUCUCUGCCCACUCAGCAACCCACCAAGGCAGCCUAACAGUUGCCCACACAGUCGUGGUGAGGCACCUGGACAUGGACAAAGUUCUCCUCUACCCAGGUGUAGUAACCAGUUAUUGUGGGUGGGCUGUACUGCUGUUUCUGUUUUGUGGGUGGGUUGCUGGACUAACCAGGGCACUGACCGGCAGGAGGUCAGAUACCCUGUUAGUCUAGUUGGUAAAGGGGAGAAGUGUGGCGAAACCAACCUCGCCACUGUGAACUGGAGAAGCCUGGUUGCUCGCCUGCUCCCUUUGGACUAUGGCCCUGCAGGUUAAACCGUUUAUUUCCCCUGCAGAAAGGCUUAUUUGUGUGAUCUGAGUGCCAUUCAUCUAAUAAUGUGCACUCAGAUCCCAGCUAUCUGGGGAUAUGUGAAAUGUCUGUGUGUUAUGUGUAAAUGUGACUUUAUGUAUUUUAAAGUGUUUUGUGUCUUUUUGCAACCAUGUGCUUAAUGGAGUCUUGUGUCUAUCCUGGGAGAUAAUUGAAUUACUCUCCAGGAUAGAAGACUCUGAAACUGGUUUGGGCCAGAAAGCCAUGCUUCAUUUAGUCACAAAGGACUUUCCCUUAACUUUUGAACCCCUGGUCUGAUUCGUGCCAUUUUUUAAUAUGUUGUUCCCCUGAAUGGAUUGAUUAUGAAAAUGUAUGUUUUAUGUUUGUGACAUGUAUAUUUUAGAAGUUAUAAAUAUUGUGUAAAAACUGUAUUCCUCUGCCGGUGAUAAUGAGAUUACCCAUUGUGUUCAGUAAUCAUAUCACCUGCAGAGGGGAGGAUUUUGUGUGGGAGUGUCUGGGUGUAUUGUACGGAUUGAUUGGUUGUUUUGUAACGCCCUGUGGGCUGUACUAUGUUUGUGGAUUGGGAAUAAAAGAGACUGUAUGUGACAGUACAGGGAGUUCCUGUUUUAACCCUCAAAGUGAAGUGUCGUCUCAUUAUUGGGGGAAGGAUUUAUUGUAUGCUGUUCCAGUUUGACUGCUAGGAGAGUAAACCUAUUCGUAUGGUUCCUAUUCAACUGUCUACAGCAUUCAUAUGCUUGAGAGAAGGUUAACGCUUCUCUGGUUCGGUGAUUGUGGCGUCUGCUGCAGUGCUUGGAGUCCUCAGAAGCGCUAGGACAAUCUUUCAACGGAGGUACCCAGUCGAGGUGCCAGGCGAUCCGUUACAUUGGUGGCAAGCGGCGGGAUCGUUCCUACAACCAGAAAGACAGCUACAGGGCAACACCAUUCCUUGGAUUACAAAGUGAGGGCAACGCCAGUACCCGUACAGCGACCCUAUCUACAAAGGAACCAACGUCGGCAGAGCAAGCAUGGCGUCUGACUACACUCAGGAGGAGUUUGACAGAGAGGUUGCCAUGCGGCUGGCUUACUUUGGCCCCAACCCAGAGGAGAAAUAUGUACAGUUCGUGAGGAAGUUGGCAGCGGAAUACCUGCAGUUCCUGGCAGACCAAACCAAAGGUAUCAGCCGCCCUAUCCGGGGGCAGAGUGCGUUACGGGGACUCAAAGGUGUACCCCAGGGAGCAGAAGGUGUUGUUCUUCCUCCCCAGCGGCAGUGUGUACCUCAGGGAGCUGAAGGUGUUGUUCUUCCUCCCCAGCGGCAGUGUGUGUCCCAGGGAGCUGAAGGUACAGUACUUCCUCCCCAGCGGCAGUGUGUAUCCCAGGGAGCUGAAGGUGUCGUCCUUCCUCCCCAUCGGCAGUGUGUACCCCAGGGAGCUGAAGAUGUCGUCCUUCCUCCCCAGCGGCAGUGUGUAUCCCAGGGAGCUGAAGGUGCAAUCCUUCCUCCCCAGCGGCAGUGUGUAACCCAGGGAGCUGAAGGUGCCGUCCUUCCUCCCCAGCGGCAGUGUGUACCCCAGGGAGCUGAAGGUGCCGUCCUUCCUCCCCAGCGGCAGUGUGUACCCCAGGGAGCUGAAGGUGCCGUCCUUCCUCCCCAGCGGCAGUGUGUAUCCCAGGGAGCUGAAGGUGCCGUCCUUCCUCCCCAGCAGCAGUGUGUACCCCAGGGAGCUGAAGGUGCCGUCCUUCCUCCCCAGCGGCAGUGUAUAUCCCAGGGAGCUGAAGGUGCAGUCCUUCCUCCCCAGCGGCAGUGUAUAUCCCAGGGAGCUGAAGGUGCAGUCCUUCCUCCCCAGCAGCAGUGUGUACCCCAGGGAGCUGAAGGUGCCGUCCUUCCUCCCCAGCGGCAGUGUGUAUCCCAGGGAGCUGAAGGUGCAGUCCUUCCUCCCCAGCGGCAGUGUGUAUCCCAGGGAGCUGAAGGUGCAGUCCUUCCUCCCCAGCGGCAGUGUGUAUCCCAGGGAGCUGAAGGUGCAGUCCUUCCUCCCCAGCGGCAGUGUGUACCCCAGGGAGCUGAAGGUGCAGUCCUUCCUCCCCAGCGGCAGUGUGUACCCCAGGGAGCUGAAGGUGCAGUCCUUCCUCCCCAGCGGCAGUGUGUACCCCAGGGAGCUGAAGGUGCCGUCCUUCCUCCCCAGCGGCAGAGUGUCCUGCAGGGAGCAGAGACCGUCAGUCUCGCACCCCAACCACAGGACAAAAUAAUGAAAGGGGAGACAGCUGGUCCCCCUCUCCACCAGCAGAGAGAGUGUCAGGGAGAGGAGCCUGAUACCCCUUCUCCCCAGCGGCAGUUUACAGUUCAGAGAGAGGAGCUUGUUACACCCUCUCUCCAGCGGCAGCCUAACCCAGCAAGGGGAGAUGUUACACCCCCCAACAGUGCAGAUGGGACUGUAGUCUCUGCACUUACAGCACAAGGGAUAGGGACAGUCGGUCCUGUUCCCCAGCCACAGAGCGGUGUAUCCAGAGGGGAGGCAGUCGGUCUCUCCCUCCCACAACCAGGCUCCCACCAGGCUACUUCCGUGGUAGCACUGGCAUCAGGGCAGAGUACCGCUGGUCUCUGCCCACUCAGCAACCCACCAAGGCAGCCUAACAGUUGCCCACACAGUCGUGGUGAGGCACCUGGACAUGGACAAAGUUCUCCUCUACCCAGGUGUAGUAACCAGUUAUUGUGGGUGGGCUGUACCGCUGUUUCUGUUUUGUGGGUGGGUUGCUGGACUAACCAGGGCACUGACCGGCAGGAGGUCAGAUACCCUGUUAGUCUAGUUGGUAAAGGGGAGAAGUGUGGCGAAACCAACCUCGCCACUGUGAACUGGAGAAGCCUGGUUGCUCGCCUGCUCCCUUUGGACUAUGGCCCUGCAGGUUAAACUGUUUAUUUCCCCUGCAGAAAGGCUUAUUUGUGUGAUCUGAGUGCCAUUCAUCUAAUAAUGUGCACUCAGAUCCCAGCUAUCUGGGGAUAUGUGAAAUGUCUGUGUGUUAUGUGUAAAUGUGACUUUAUGUAUUUUAAAGUGUUUUGUGUCUUUUUGCAACCAUGUGCUUAAUGGAGUCUUGUGUCUAUCCUGGGAGAUAAUUGAAUUACUCUCCAGGAUAGAAGACUCUGAAACUGGUUUGGGCCAGAAAGCCAUGCUUCAUUUAGUCACAAAGGACUUUCCCUUAACUUUUGAACCCCUGGUCUGAUUCGUGCCAUUUUUUAAUAUGUUGUUCCCCUGAAUGGAUUGAUUAUGAAAAUGUAUGUUUUAUGUUUGUGACAUGUAUAUUUUAGAAGUUAUAAAUAUUGUGUAAAAACUGUAUUCCUCUGCCGGUGAUAAUGAGAUUACCCAUUGUGUUCAGUAAUCAUAUCACCUGCAGAGGGGGGGAUUUUGUGUGGGAGUGUCUAGGUGUAUUGUACGGAUUGAUUGGUUGUUUUGUAACGCCCUGUGGGCUGUACUAUGUUUGUGGAUUGGGAAUAAAAGAGACUGUAUGUGACAGUACAGAGAGUUCCUGCUUAACCCUCAAAGUGAAGUGUCGUCUCAUUAUUGGGGAAGGAUUUAUUGUAUGCUGUUCCAGUUUGACUGCUAGGAGAGUAAACCUAUUCGCAUGGUUCCUAUUCAACUGUCUACAGCAUUCAUAUGCUUGAGAGGAUUCAUAUGCUUCUCCGGUUCAGUGGUUGUGGUGUCUGCUGCAGUGCUUGGAGUCCUCAGGAAGCUUUCUAGGAGCAUCUUUCAACGAGGUACUCAGUCGAGGUGCUGUGCCAUCCGCCACACAUCAUCCAGCACACACACACACACACAUCAUCCAGCACACACACACAUCAUCCACACACACACACACACAUCCAUCCAGCACACACACACACACAUAAUCCACACACACUCACACACACACUCAUCCAGCACACACACACAUCAUCCAGCACACACACACACACAUCAUCCAGCACACACACAUCAUCAUCCAGCACUCACACACACAUCAUCAUCCAGUGAGCACACACACGUCAUCCAGCGAGCACACACAUCAUCCAGCACACGCACACACUGCAUUCAUUAUACACACUCUUCACUCACUACAAACACACUACAUUCACUAUGCACCCUCUGCAUUCACUAUACACACUCUGCAUUUAUUAUGCACAUUCUGCACUCACUACACACUACAUUCACUAUACACACUCUGCAUUCACUACAAACACACUACAUACACUGCAUUCAGUGUACACACUCUGCACUCAAUAAAAACACACUGCAUUCAUUAUACACACUCUGCAUUCACUACAAACACACUACAUUCAUUAUACACACCCUGCACUGCACUAUAUGCAUAGGAGUGUAAUUUUUUUAGCAAAAGUAAAUUCGGUGAGUUCUACACUUUUUCCCAGGACUUGACCCCUGAUCAAUAUCCUUCUGAAGAUACGGUCUCCAGCAGUGUGUACAAUACUCCAAGUGAGGUCUCACCAGUGUUCUGUACAGUUGCAUGAGCACUUCCCUCUUUCUACUGCUAAUACCUCUCCCUAUACAACCAAGCAUUCUGCUGGCAUUUUCUGCUGCUCUAUUACAUUGUUUGCCUACCUUUAAGUCAAUCAGAAAUAUUCACCCCUAAAUCCCUUUCCUCAGAUGUUGAGGUUAGGACUCUAUCAAAUAUUCUGUACUCUGCCCUUGGGUUUUUACGUCCAACAUGCAUUAUCUUGCACUUAUCUACAUUAAAUGUCAGUUGCCACAAUUCUGACCAUUUUUCUAGCUUACCUAAAUCAUUUGCCAUUUGGCUUAUCCCUCUUGGAACAUCAAGCCUGUUACAUAUCUUAGUAUCAUCAGCAAAAAGACAUACCUUACCAUCAAGACCUUCUGCAAUAUCAUUAAUAAAAAUAUUAAAGAGAAUGGGUCCAAGUACAGAUCCCUGAGGUACCCGACUGGUGACAAGUCCAAGCUUCGAAUAUAUUCCAUUGACUACAACCCUCUGUUGCCUGUCAUUCAGCCACUGCCUUACCCAUUCAACAAUAUUGGAAUCCAAACUUAAAGAUUGCAGUUUAUUGAUAAGCCUUCUAUGUGCAACAGUGUCAAAAGCCUUACUGAUAUCUAGGUAAGCAAUGUCUACUGCACCGCCCUGAUCUAUAAUUUUAGGUACCCAAUCAAAAAAAUCAAUAAGAUUAGUUUGGCAUGAUCUCCCUGAAGUAAACCCAUGUUGUCUCUGAUCUUGAAAUCCAUGUGUUUUUAGAUAUUCAACAAUCCUAUCCUUUAACAUGGUUUCCAUCACUUUCCCCACUACUGAAGUAAGGCUUACUGGCCUAUAGUUGCCCGACUCCUCCCUAUUACCUUUCUUGUAAUGGGCACAACAUUCGCUAACUUCCAAUCUUCUGGGACUACUCCUGUUAACAAUGAUUGGUUAAAUAAAUCUGUUAAUGGUUUUGCUAGUACACCACUAAGCUCUUUUAAUAGCUUUGGGUAUAUUCCAUCGGGUCCUAUUGACUUAUUUGUCUUUACUUUUGACAGUUGAAAUAGAACCUCUUCCUCUGUAAACUCACGUGUAAUAAAUGACUCAUUUAUCCUUUUUCUUAACUGAGGUCCCUUUCCUUCAUUUUCAUCUGUAAAUACAGAACAAAAAAUUUCAUUGAGGCAGUCAGCUAGACCUUUAUCUUCUUCUACAUACCUUCCUUCUUUUGUCUUUAAUCUAACUAAUCCUUGUUUUACUUUUCUUUUCUCAUUUAUGUAUCUAAAAACAGUUUUAUCCCCCUUUUUUACUGACUGUGUUAUUGUCUCUUCUGUGUGUGAUUUGGAAGCUCUUAUAACUUGCUUAGCCUCUUUCUGCCUAAUCUUUUAGAUCAUUUUGUCUUCCUCACUCUGGUUUUUUUUUAUAAUUACUAAAUGCUAACUUUUUGUUUUUAACUAUUUUGGCCACAUCUGCGGAGUACCACAGUGGUUUCUUGAAUUUUUUGCUUUUACUGACAAGCCUAAUGCAAUUUUCUGUUGCCUUCAAUAGUGCAACUUUUAAAUAAUCCCAUUUUUUCUUGGACUCCAUUUAAAUUGCUCCAGUCUGAUAAUGACUCCUCUACACAUAUUCUAAUUUUAGAAAAGUCUGUUUUUCUAAAGUCUAAAACUUUUGUUUUUGUGUGGUGUGACUCAGUCACUGUUCUUAUAUUAAACCACGCUGACUGAUGAUCACUGGAUCCUAAACUUUCACCUACAGUAAUAUCUGAUACCAAAUCUCCAUUUGUUAACACUAAAUCUAGUAUGGCCUCUUUACGAGUUGGCUCCUCAACUACUUGUUUUAGAGACAAUCCCAGUAGGGAGUUUAGAAUACGUGUGCUCCUGGCACAAGCAGCUAUUUUUGUUUUCCAAUUUACAUCAGGAAGAUUAAAGUCACCCAUGAUGAUAACUUCCCCCUUCAUUGUCAUUUUAGCUAUUUCCUCAACUAGUAGAUUAUCUAACUCUUCAAUUUGUCCUGGGGGCCUAUAAAUCACACUUACACGAGUUACUGUGUGAUUACCAAAUUCUAACGUAAGCCAAACGGACUCUAUGUUUGCCUCACUAACAUUUAUUAGGCUAGAUUUUAUGCUAUCCUUCACAUACAGGGCCACCCCUCCCCCUUUCUUGCCUUCCCUGUCUUUUCUAUAUAAAGAGUACCCUGGUAUUGCUAUGUCCCAGUCCUUUUUCUCAUUGUACCAUGUCUCAGUAACAGCGACUAAAUCUUCACUAUCAGUUGCCAUUAUUGCCACAAGUUCAUGGAUCUUAUUCCCUAAACUGCGAGCAUUUGUAGACAUGAUACUAAGCUUAUAAUUUUUUAACACACUUGCUACAGGCACCUUCUGUCCUUGUUUUGGGGGACAAUUGGAUUGAUGUUUUAGCACCCUUUUGCCCCCCCCCCUCCAGUUUAAAUACAUCCUGACACUAUACAUAUAUGUAUUCCUGACACUAUAGUGUUCCUUUAAUCAAAUUAAAGGAACAUUCUGGUCACCAUAACAACUUAAUCUAAAUGAAAAUGAUGCCAGGAGGCCCCUGGGUUCUCUCUUUCAUUUAAGGGGUUAAACCACUCUCAAAUGGUUUAACCCCAAAGACUUCCACCAGCUCCAGAUCUCCAGGUUGCUCAGUGGUAUUCGGCUUCUGAAACGGAAGUGCAGAUUGACGUCAGGCUGUGUGCCACUGAUUGGUUAGAGUCAGCUGACACUCUAAGUCAAUCGCUAGUUCCCGGUUCAAACCUUUUUUUUAGUUUUUGUGAGUGGGGAGCUACUGAUUGGCCUAGAGUGCCAGCAGACCACUCUAGCUAAUCAGCGACACCCCUACCCAACAGCACUCUGUGCUUCCUGACAUUUAGGAGAUAAAAGACACAUUAACACAGAUAUUUUUUUCCAAGGAAGAUGAGAAGGUCCAAAGUUUCCCUGCCAGGCCUAGGUUCCAAAGCCUUAUGAUGUGGUGUCCAGAAUAAAGUGGAGGGAUCACUUCACUUGUCCUACUUGCUCAAAUCUCCCUUUCUUAUUCUUCAUUUGACACAGUCUUCUUAUUCUUCUCACACUGUCUUCUCUCAUCCUUGGCUUCUUUUGCUCCUUUACCUUUUUGUUACUUUCUGCUUCUUUUGCACCCUUCUGCUCCUUUCUCUUUUUGAUCCCUUUCUUUUCCUUGCAGACCCAUUCUGAUCCUUCUCCGACUUUACCUGUGUGCUCCUUCUGCCCCUUCCAGCUCUUUGUUGCCCCUUGCUGUCCCUUCCUGCUCAUUUAUUUUCCUUCUCCUUCCUGGUCCUUCUCCUACUUUACCUUCCUGCUUCUUGCUGCCCUUUCUGCUCCUUGCUGUUCUUUUACCUUUGUGUUCCUUCUGAUUAUUUCUGCUCCUUUACCUUUGUGCUCUUUCUGUCCCUUCCUGCCCCUUUCUUCUCCUUGCAGACCCUUCCUGCUCCUUUCCGCCCUUUCCUGCUUCUUGCUGCCCCUCCCUGCUUCUUGCAGACACUUCCUGCUUCUUGCAGAACUUUUCUGCUUCUUUAGACCUUUCCUGCUUUUACCUGCCCCUUCCUGCUCCUUGCAGACCCUUCCUGCUCUUACCUGCCCCUUCCUGCUCCUUGCUAACCCUUCCUGCUCAUUUCUGUUCCUUUCUGCUUCUUCUCCUACUUUACAUUUGUGCUCUUUUUGCCCCUUCCAGCUCCUUUCUGCUCUUUGCUGACAUUUCCUGCUCCUUUCUGCUCCUUCUCCUACUUUACCUUUGUGCUCCUUCUGAUUCUUUCUGCUCCUUUACCUUUGUGCUCCUUCUGUCCCUUCCUGACUCUUUCAGCUCCUUGCAGCCCCUUCUUUCUCCUUGCAAACCCUUCCUGCUCCUUGCUGCCCCUUUCUGCUCCUUGCAGCCACUUCCUGUUCCUUGCUGACCCUUCCUGCUCCUUGCUGACACUUUCUACUCCUGGCAGACCCCUCCUGCUCCUUGCAGACCCUUUCUGCUCCUUGCUGCCCCUUCCUGCUCAUUUCUACCCCUCCCAUCUCAUUUCUGCUCCUUCUCUUACUUUACCUUUCUGCUCGUUCUGUCCCUUCCUGCUCAUUUCUGUUCCUUCUCCUUUCUGCUCCUUCUCCUACUUUACCUUCCUGCUCCUUGCUCACCUUUUCUGUAUGCUGCCCCCAUCCCACACUUACCUGAUCUGUAGGCUGCCCCCCCACGCCUCACUUACCUGAUCUGUAGGCUGCCCCCAUGCCUCACUUACCUAAUCUGUAGGCUGCCCCUGCCCCCAUGCCUCAAUUACCUAAUCUGUAGGCUGCCCCCAUGCCUCACUGACCUGAUCUGUACGCUGCCCCCAAUCCCUCAUUCCCUGAUCUGUAGGCUGCCCCCCAUGCCUCACCUACCCACCCUGCUGGGCUGCCUCCAUGCCUCACUCAUUUUAAUCUGUAGGCUGCCCCCCACGCCUCCCUUACCUGAUCUGUAGGCUGCCCCCCCCACUUACCUGAGCUGUAGGCUACCCAUCAUCCCACACUUACCUGAUCUGUAGGCGCGCCCCCCCAUCCCUCACUUACCUGAUCUGUAGGCUGCCCCCCCAGUCUGGGAUUUGCUGACUGCACCCUGUGCUGCUCCCCUGCGGUUUCAGUCAGGAGAGAGAAGCAGGUAUAAGAUGUAGCUUCCUAUCCCUGCCUCUCUCCACACAGUGGUCGGCGCCGGUAUAGCAGUGUAUUAUCAAUCUCUAAAGAAAAAUACCAGCACAAACUUAAAAAUCUGGGGUGGGGGUGGAAAGUGCCCCCCCACCCAUGGCUAUAUUACUAACUAGUAGCUGUACUACUAACACCUACCUAUCAUGAGAAAUUAUUUUUUGUUUUACACACAAGUGUUUUUGGGUGUUGAUGCUCACCAGUUUUUAUAUAUUAGCUAAUAUAGUAAUAAUAAUAUUUUCUUGCAAAUGGUCAGGCUUUUCAGAUGAUGACAUAGAAGAAACUACAUUGGAGGACACGCAACCUCUUACCAGGAGGAAAGAACUGUUCACACCUGAACAGAAGCCGAAAAUAAAGAAAAAGUCAGGUGUGUUUUCUAAUCCUCCGUAACUAUUUAACUUCACAAAUGGUAAGACUUAAUAUAAUUAUUUUCCUAGCUCACAGAAGCAAGAAUUCCUCUUCCAUUCAGACAUGUCCCUUUUUGUUGGAAAUUAACGCUAUAACAUGGGGAAUAACAAUCAAAGACAAAGCAAUCGAUACUAGGAAGGAAAGAGCCUAAAAAUAACUCAGUUGUAACUCAGAGAAUGACACAGGUCACUAGUACCGACAUCUAUUUUUGUUUUUCUUUUUUUUGCUUCUGGUUCUAGAUUCAUGUGGGUUAUUACCUUUUACUACGAAUGAGGCCUUUAUUACUUUCCCCCUUCACUUGGUAGUGCCGUCGCCAAGGGUGCAUAAUUCAUUGUUGCACUAUAUAAUAUUGCCAUUUAAUGUAAUUUAUGUAGUGCAGAUAUGAAUUGGCCACUUGGUUGCAAGAUCAGAUGACAUAAGGGGUAGUGUGAAUUGCAUAGGAAUGUGAAAUGGGGGAAGAUGGUUUUCAUAUGGUUGAUCCCUUGAUUAAUCAAAGGCUCUGUAAGGUUUGAGAAGUAACACAUAAGUGGCCUGGAAGUCUAGCUCCAAUGUAAACUAGCUGGCUUUAGCCAUAUGGCCUCUACCUUUUAAUUGAUGAGUGGAUUUCUUUGAUAUGUUAAAGAUCAUUAGAAAGGAGAAAAAACAAGCCUUGUGUUGCAGUAUCAUAUCCAAAAGAAAGAAACAUUAAUAUUUACCCACAGAAUAAUAAUUAAGCCUAAUGUUUUUGUUAUAUUUGGAAUGUGACAAGCACCAUCUUCUAAACAAGCCCACACAUGAUUGGCAUAACUUAACCAUAGGGGAAGGGAUUGUGAUGUCCGCUAUAUUGGGUCACAAGUAAGAAGUGUGACAUAUCUGUGGAAUGGAGAAAUAGUAACAAAUUCAUAGAGGCAAUUAUUAUUCCUGUGGCAAGUAUAAAAGAGGAGGUAGAAGGAAAAGUUUCUAUUUGGAUUCAUUUGGGUAUGGGACACAAGGGGGUGGUCACUUAUUGUUUCUAUAGAUACGCCUUAACUCCACCUCUGGGUGAGGCAUGGUAAUCCACAGGAUAUAUCUAUAAUGAGAUUGAAGUGUACAUUGUACUUGCUUGAGGGGCCAGAAUCAAAUUCUAAGUGAGUCACCAUCUUUCAUACCAGAGGCCCAUGGUGCAGAAGUUUUACUCUGAAAAGCUGAGUAAGUGAUUAGGACUUCUGUUAUUUUAUCCCUUUUGUUUUUAUCUGUUGUUGGUGUUAAUAAUUUGUUUAUCAUCAAUUUUUAGUAUGCACUGUGACUAUUUUUUGCUCAUAAUAAAUAUUCCUUUAUUAAGUUCUGCCUUUAUUUGGUAAAGAAUCACGUUACCUGAAGAGACUAAUUAGUAUUUUGCAAUUACAUAGAUAUUGUGCUAAGUUACAUUUGGUGGGUUUUUAUUAUUAAGUUACCUGGGGAACCAAGGCACCCCAUUUAUAAAUUGUCUUGGUGGUGGCAGUGUUAAAAUAGUAAUAUUUAUAUUAUUAUGCUUAAGUGUGGGUGGUGUUAAGGGUAACUUUGUCAUUAUUUCCGGUCUAGUGCAGACUAAAAGUGAACUUUAACCCUUUCAUCACCACAACUACGUCACGCACACUCUUGAAGUAGGGUGCAUUCGUGACACCUUCCUCUUCCUAACCUAGGGCUUAAUCUAAGUCUCAUCCUAAAUCUAUUUCUAAACCAAAUCCUAAAGAUAAUGCUAAUUGGGAACUUAAAUGUCAUUGUACCCCUAGACAUUACUUUAAGGCUUUGUUGUUAGACAUCACUUAAUAAUUCUAACCCUAACCCUAAAUUUCAUAACUAUCUCGGCCACGUAUCUUAACUAUACUUAUUAAUGUGUCCCUCACUAUUCUUCUUAACUUCUUAUUGGUCUCAAAACAUGAUAAGAAGCAAAUCCAAAAUGGAGCAAAGUUCUCUGGGCUGCAAAUAUAAUACAACAAAAAUACCAUAAAAAUUAGAAUUAUGUUCUAGAUUUCUCAAAGAGUGUUUUUUUAAUGUCCUUGCACCAUCUUUGACCACUGUAAGCUCUGCAAGAGUGCUCCUUUAAGUUCAGUGAACUGAACAUCCACAUUCCCCAGGUCUCCAAUAGGCUUUAUAGAAUAAUAGAUUGUUUAUGAAUAUAUAUCUCUUCAAUUUGUCACUGUAAGAGGUUGUCCACAAUCAGAUACUGUUAGAGCUUUGCUUCCAACAACGACAUGCAAUGUUGAUGACAUUUUAACUAACUGAUUACUUUGAGACUGUCCUAUGAGGUUACCAAAGUGAUCUGUGAAUUAUUAAAAUAUUGUGCUACAAAAUCUGUGAUGUGGAAAAACCUUUCCAUUUUAAUAUCUAACCAGUUAGAAUGAGAUUGGCCUAUGAGUUAUGCAAGAAAACAUAUAAAUUAUUACAUUGUAGCAAUUCUAUAGUGAAAUUUUUUAAACCUUUUUAGGGCUGAGCUAAAUUAUAUUUUUUUGCUAUUUUUUGCACAAUACCUUCUCAAUUACAGUAUUUAGUUUAUUCACUAAAAUGUAAAAAAAUCUAAUUGUAAGUAGAGAUGAGCAGACACCUGGAUGUUCGGGUUCGCCAGGUUCGGCCGAACAUCGGCAAAAAGUUUGAGUUGGGCCUCAAACUUGACCCGAACUUGACCCCGAACGCGAACCCCAUUGAAGUCAAAGGAGAACCGAACUUUUGGGUACUAAAAUGGCUCUAAAAAAAGUCAUGGAAAGGGCUAGAGGGCUACAAAAGGAAGAAAAAUGGGGGUAAGAGUAGUACAAGUGUCCUGCAAACAAAUGUGGAUAUGGAAAUAACAUAAAAUACAUACAAAUUAAAAAUAAUAAUCUUGAACUAGGAGGAGGAGGUGGAUGUGGAGUAGGAGGUUGAGGAGGCGGUGACCGUGGCGGUGUAGGUGGAAGCGGUGGUGGAGGAGGUAGCCAACACUGUUUUUUAUUUAUUUAUUUUUAAGUUUUUUUAACUGGGGUAGCCACCAAAAUAUUGAGACAUAUAAAAAAAGAAAACAAAGAAUAAGUGCACUUGAGUAUAACAAUGGCUGAGUGAGGCCGGUAUAAAUGUCUUUUGUGCACUAGGUACAGACAAGUCUGGUGGGACCCAUGCCUGGUUUAUUUUAAUAAACGCAAGCUUUUCCACGUUGGCUGUGGACAGGCGGCUGGGCUUGUCUGUGAUAACGCCCCCUGCUGUGCUAAACACACAUUCAGACAAUACACUGGCUGCGGGGCAGGCCAGCACCUCUAAGGCAUAAACGGCAAGCUCAGGCCGUGUGCCCAAUUUGGAGACCGAGAGGUUGAAUGGGGCAGACCCAUCAGUCAGUACGUGCAGGCGUGUGCAUACGUACUGUUCCACCAUGUUGCUGAAAUGCUGCCUCCUGCUAAGACGUACCAUACCAGCUGGUGGUGCUGGUUGUUGUGGCGUGCUGACAAAGCUUUUCCACAUUUUGGCCAUGCUAACCCUGCCUUCUGAGGUGCUGGCAGUGCCCCAGCUGCAUUGGCGACCUCUUCCUCCUCCUCUGCCUUCGCUUUGUGCUUCCACUGAGCCCCCAGUGUCAGUUGGGGAUGCCCUCAGCAGCGCCACUAACAGCGUGCGCUUGUAGUCGAGCAUCUUCCGAUCACGCUCCAGUGAGGGAAUUAAGGACAGCACGUUGUUCUUGUAAUGCAGAUCCAGCAGGGUGGGCACCCAGUAAUCAGCACAAGUUAGAAUGUAGGCAACUCGGCAGUCGUUGCGCAGGCACUGCAGCAUGUAGUCGCUCAUGUUUGCCAGGCUGCCCAGAGGCAAGGACAAGCUAUCCUCUGUGGGAGGUGUAUAGUCUGUGUCCUACGUAUCCCCCCAGCCACGCUCCAAUGGGUGCCACCCUGCAGUGAACACAGUUCUUCCUCCUCCUCCUCCUCAUCCUCCUCCUCCUCAUCCUCCAUAACUAUGCCCUGGCUGGACAAUUGUGUACCUGGCCUAUGCUGGUGCAGGAACCCAUCCUCCGAGCCACUUGUGAAUGACUGGCCUGAUAACCGUGGAAAUGAACCCUCUUCCUCCUCCUCUUCCUCCUUUGCCACAUCCUCUUCCAUCAUCGCCUGAAGCAUUUUUUCAAGGAGACAUAGAAACGGGAUAGUAAGGCUGAGAACGGCGUCAGCGGCACUGGCCAUGUUGGUGGAGUACUCGAAACAGUGCAACAUGGCACACAGGUCUUGCAUGGAGGCCCACUCAUUGGUGGUGAAGUGGUGCUGUCCCGCAGAGCGACUGACCCGUGCCUGCUGCAGCUGAAACUCCACUAUCCCCUGCUGCUGCUCGCACAGUCUCUCCAGCAUAUGCAAGGUGGAGUGCCACCUUGUGGGCACGUCGCAUAUGAGGCAGUGAGCGGGAAGGCCGAAGUUACGCUGCAGCGCAGACAGGGAAGCAGCAGCAGGGUGAGAACACCGAAUGCGUGCACAGACGGCCGGCACUUUCUGCAGCAGCUCUGAUAUAUCUGGGUAGUUUUUCAGAAAGUUCUGCACCACCAAAUUCAGCACAUGCGCCAGGCAAGGGAUGUGCGUCAAACCAGGUAGGUCCAGAGCUGCUAUGAGAUUUCGCCCAUUAUCGCACACCACCAGGCCCUUCUUGAGGCUCAGUGGCAACAACCACUCAUCUGUCUGUUUUUCCAUGCCCAUCCACAGCUCCUGCGCGGUGUGGGGUUUUCCCCCCAAACAUAUGAGUUUUAAAACAGCCUGCUGUCGUUUCCCCCUGGCUGUGCUGAAGUUGGUGGUGAAGGUGUUACGCUGACCGGACAAUGAGGUGGUAGAGGAGGAGGAAGUGGAGUAGGAGGAGGAGGCAACAGAAGGCAAAGAGAAAUGCCCUGCAAUCCUCGGUGGCGGAAGAACAUGCACCAAAUUGCUAUCCACCUCAGGCCCAGCCGCCACUACAUUUGCCCAGUGUGCAGUUAGGGAGAUAUAGCGUCCCUGCCCAUGCUAACUAUUCCACGUAUCAGUGGUUAUGUGGACCUUGCCACAGAUGGCGUUGCGCACUGCACACCUGAUUUUGUCCGCCAGUUGGUUGUGCAGGGAAGGGAUGGCUCGUCUGGAAAAGUAGUGGCAGCUGGGAACCACGUACUGUGGGACAGCCACCGCCAUCAGGUUUUUAAAACUGCCCAUCUCCACUAGACUGAAUGACAGCAUUUCAAAGGCCAGGAAUUUUGAAAUGCUGGCAUUCAGGGCAAGGGAUCGCGGGUGGGUAGGGGCGUACUUCCUCUUUCUCUCCAGUGUUUGGGAGAUGGACAGCUGAACGCUUCCAUGGGACAGUGUGGAGAUGCUUGGGGACGGUGGCGGACGUGGUGGCAGGUGCCACUGUCACUCCAGAGGUGGAGGAAGAGGCCGGGACAGCAGCAGAAGAGGAAGCAGGAGGAGCCUAAGACCUUUCUUGGUUUUUGAGGUGCUUCCUCCACUGCAGCUCAUGCUUGGCAUGUAGAUGCCUAGUCAUGCAGGUUGUGCUCAGGUUUAGAACGUUUAUGCCUCGCUUCAGGCUCUGAUUCCACAGCGUACAAACCACUCGUGUCUUGUCGUCAGCACAUUGUCUGAAGAACUGCUACGCCAGGGGACUCCUUGGAGCUGGCUUUGGUGUGCUCGGUCCCUGGGUGCGGUGGGCAGUAGCAGGCAUACUGUCUAGGGGACGGACGCUCCGCUUUUGCACCCUGUUCCCUCUUAUGCUGUGCUGGUGUCUCUGUGCGACCACCGCCUCUUCCUCCAAACUGCACACGUCACUUGCAUGACCUUGAUUCCAUGUGGGGUCUAGGACCUCAUCAUCCUCCACAUCAUCUUCCACCCACUCCUCAAACCUGCCGUCCUUGCUGCAGAAAGCCACAGUAAUUGGCACCUGUGUUUCGUCAUCAUCAGAGACGUGCUGCGGUGGUCCUCGCAUGUCCACAUCCUGACACAUAAGUGGUUGUGCAUCAGUGCACUCAAUCUCUUCCACUUCUGGGGCAGGGCUAGGUAAAUGGCCCGCGGAAACCCCACCAGCAGAGUCAUCAAAAAGCAUAAGAGACUGCUGCAUGACUUGUGGCUCAGACUGCUUGGCUGAUAUGCAAGGGGCUGAGGUGAAAGAUAGAUGGCCAUGGGCUGCAGGUGCCAACUCUGAGCUUUCAGCAGGGGACCGGGUGGGAGACAAUGUGAAGGAACUGGAGGCACUGUCAGCCAUCCAAUCUACUAUCGCCUGUACUUGUUCAGGCCUCACCAUUUGUAGAGCGGCAUUCGGGCCUACCAAAUAACGCUGAAGGUUCUGUCGCCUACUUGCACCUGAGGAAGGUGUUUCACUUGUGCGUGUAGCUGGCACAGAUCGACCACGUCCUCUCCCUGCAACAGGAGCUCCACCAACACCAGCAGCACCACGACCAGGGCCACGUCCCUUAUUUGACACUCUCCUCAUUCUUUGCGUUCACCCACCAAACUAACAGAUGGUUUAAAUUUGAAUUUUUCAAAGUGCAAUGUAACCACAGUAUUUGACGGUUCUAUUUCACUCUCAGAUAUAAAGUGCACCGCAGGACCCAAAUGUACUAUUUAGCACCAAAAAAAAUUGAAUUUUUAAAAGUGCGAUGUAACCACAGUAUUUGACGUUCUAUUUGACUCUCAGAUAUGAAGUGCACCGCAGGCAGCAAAUGUACUAUUUAGCACCAAUAAAAUUAGAAUUUUUCAAAGUGCGAUGUAACCACAGUAUUUGACGGUUCUAUCUGACUCUCAGAUAUAAAGUGCACCGCAGGCAGCAAAUGUACUAUUUAGCACCAAAAAAAUUUGAAUUUUUAAAAGUGCGAUGUAACCACAGUAUUUGACGGUUCUAUUUAACUCUCAGAUAUGAAGUGCAUGCCCCAAAUUUACUUUUUAGCACCAAAGAAAUUUGAAUUUUUCAAAGUGCGAUGUAACCACAGUAUUUGACAGUUCUAUUUGGUACAAAAAUGUAGUAUAGCACCCACAAAUAUAAUCGCUGUAGUUUGCAGAUUCAACACCAGAAUUCUUUCCUAAUCUGUCCCUCACAGCUGCAGCAUCCUCUCCCUAAACUAAUAAGAGCUCAUGUGACUCCAGCUUAUAUAGAGGCUGGGUCACAUGCUGCACUGGCCAAUCACAGCCAUUAGUAGGUAUGGCUGUAAAGGCUUCUAAGGGCAAACGAGUCAAACGCUUGUUGAUUGGCUGCCCUGCAGCUUUUCAAAAUGCGCCAUUAAAUCUCUGAAACCGAACUGUUACUGAAAUGUCCGGGGUCGGGGUCCAAAAAUCGUAAUGUUCGGUACGAACCCGAACUUUACAGUUCGGGUUCGCUCAUCUCUAAUUGUAAGGGAGUAGAAUUUUAAAUGGCAAAACAGCUGAUAUGGAGAACUUCUGCAGUCACAGUUUGGCUAUUUUAACAUCAGUUGUGAUAUUUGGGUUUAAUGUGCUACAAUUUGGAGUUUACUAAAAAACCCUGCGAAUAUCUUAUUACACCUGAAUGUAUAUUUCAUAAUUUGUAAGAGAUGAUUACUAAAUUCUACAAAAUAAUUUUUUUUUUUUUAUUAAAUGGUGAAUUGUUGUGUAAUGAAAACAAUUUGAUAUCUUACUGUGGCACAAUGCUAGAACACUCCUGGCACCAUAAUCAUUACAUCAGGCUGUAGUAGUUUUGGUGCUUGGAGUGUUCCUUUAAUAUGUAUGGUGGUGUUGAAAUUGAAACAACAAUUGAACUCUCAAAGCAUAUAGAACGAGCAAUUAAACAGUAAUAUUGCAAUUUUGUUUCUAACCUUGUAAAAGUUUAGCUAUUUUUAUUUUAUUUUUAAAAAGCAGGAAAAUCUGAGGUUAAAGAAACGAAGAAAAAGGUGCUGAAGAACUCCAGAUCAUCAGCAUGCUCUGCUAAAUAUGCAGACAAAGAGAACAAACUAAAAAAGAAAGGUAGUGAAUUCCACAAGCAGAGAUGUGUGUGUGUGUGUGUGUGUCUGAGGGCGUAUUGUAUGUGUUUGUGCAAGUGUAACUGGGAGGUCAACAACUCAUAGCCGAUUUGAGUUCCACAGCGGUCCUGGUAGGUCCCGCUGAAGCCUGUUUGGAAGAUGUUACGCACAAACGAAUGCCAGGAGAGUGAGUAUUCGGAUUAAUUCGGGAGAGGGAAGGCACAGAACCAGGGAAACCGUGAAUAUUAAUUCUUGUUUCACAGACAUGCAAUUUCCAUGAUUUUAUUGAUCCAGGCCAACUGGUUGAAACCCUUGGUAAGCUCUACUCUCCCCGUUUGUUGUAUGCUGGUGCUAUUUUUCCAAAGCACUACUGUCUUUCCAUCUUUUGAUGGUAUAGCAAUCUCAGCUAUGGAAUUAAGUUUCCAUUGUGACCACCACAUCUUCAACAUCUUGCUGUCCUUUCUUUACUACAAAUGACUGUUUUAUUACCUAUUCUUUAUUUUGUUAUAUAAAGAAUUUGUAAAUAUUCAUAUCUUUCCAUUUCGGUCUGUAGUCAGAUAUUUGUAGUAGUUUUAUGAUAUUUUUUUCUUACUAUUUCUUAUGUGUUGGAUUAAUAAUAAAGCUUAAAUACAUUUAUUGUGUGCUCCCAUGUCAUUUAAUGAUGAAUAAUUUUGGCUCUGGGGACACAGGGUAUUCAUAGUGAGCACCAAGCAUUAAAGCGGCACUGUCAUGCCAAACAUACCUUACUCCUAUUGUUUCCUCCUCUCUUCCUCUCUCAGGAUCUGUUCUUAUUUUCUUUAUUUCUGAUCUAGUUUUCUUUAAAACAUAAGACAGUAGGGACUACGUUCUCUUAUGUAUUUUUCCUGCACUUGACUUUCUUUGACCCAAGAGAGGCUUAAAUCAGUUCUAUUUCCUGUACCAAAAGAGAAAAGAGGGUUGCACUCAAUCAUAAAAAUCACAGGGUGAUAUCUGAGUAUGGGUCAGCAUAUCCCAUAGAACAUGUGUCAAGAAAAAUAAAAUAAAAAUCUCAGGCACUUACUGUGAUACGUUAAGCAGCUUUAAUGGAUACCACAAUGUUCUGACCCUGGGAACAAGUUCUAUUUCCUGUAUCAAAGAAAGUACUCACCCUUCUCCUUGACACAGGAAAUGGAUUUGACUUAAGCUCCUCCUUGGAUCAAAGAAAGUGAAGCCUAGGAAAAAUUCACAAGACAAAGUAGUCCCUAAUUUAUCUUAUGUUUCAAAGAAAACUAAAUCAGAUAUGAAGAAGAAAUUAUGCGAGAGGAGGAGAAGAGGAAAUAAUAGGAGAAAGGCAAGUUUAGGAUGUGCCACUUUAAAUUCUGUCUCUUCUCUAUCUACUUGAAUGUAUGCCCUCCAAUUCAAAUAAUUGUGAUGUAAUUGGACUCUAUACCCAUUUUGCUUGUUUACAUUUUUUAUUAGGUAUUGAUAGUACAACCACUUUACAGGAUGAAGUGCAUGAGAUCAAUAACGACAUGGAGCUUAUUAAUCAAUCCUCUAGUGAAGAUGACUCUUUUUCUGUAGGGGAUCGUGUAGUUCCUCCAGCACCUGUAAAACAACGUAACAAAAAGAAACCAACAAAAUCAGGUUUGUUGUACGUAUAUGCCCCUUUUAAUCUUAUAACUACUCUUUUCUAGAGAGAAAUGAGAAGUUGAUUAAUUUCUAAUGUAUGCAUUUGUACCCCAUACCUGGGAGAUGUUCUUGUGGGGCAAGACAAAAAAAGAGGCAUAACAAUAAUGCUACUCACCUUGCUGGUUAUCUGAGUGAGUUUAGCUUGAAAAAUGGUUUGUCUGAAUGAUGAGUACACAAAAAGUGUAAAAAGUGUAAUGUGCAGAGUACUAUUGAAAUACUUUCCCAUGGGUUAAAUAGCCCAGAAUAUAGUUUGCGCAGUAUAAGUGGGAAUUCUUUCUCAGAACUUGGUCGAGUUUAAGAGUGGGACAUCAGAACAGGAGUCCAAAUUUUAGACUUUUGGGAGAUCUGGUGUUCUUAAUUAGAACACUAUGAGCAGCACCUCAAUGCAAAUAAUACACAGCUUAAUUUUCUCAUUGAUUGCACACAGUUAUCUCGUUACAUUUAUCAUAUGCAAUUAUUCUACCAAACUAAGUAAUGGGGACACUGGAAAAACUAAUGCGGUACAAUUGGAGCUGCAACUAUCUCUGACAUGGAAUGAUCAAAAUUUGUUACUCUUUUAACUUGAUGAAAAUUAUCUAUCCCCAACAAUAAUGUUAUACACUGCUCAAAAAAAUAAAGGGAAGACAAAAAUAACACAUCCUAGAUCUGAAUGAAUUAAAUAUUCUUCUGAAAUACUUUGUUCUUUACAUAGCUUAAUGUGCUGACAACAAAAUCACACAAAAAUAAAAAAAAAAUGGAAAUCAGAUUUUUCAACCCAUGGAGGUCUGGAUUUGGAGUUACACUCAAAAUUAAAGUGGAAAAACACACUACAGGCUGAUCCAACUUUGAUGUAAUGUCCUUUAAAAUGAGGCUCAGUAGUGUGUGUCUCCACAUGCCUGUAUGACCUCCCUACAACGCCCAUGCAUGCUCCUGAUGAGGUGGUGGAUGGUCUCCUGAGGGAUCUCCUCCCAGACCUGGACUAAAGCAUCUGCCAACUCCUGGAAAGUCUGUGGUGCAACGUGACAUUGGUGGAUGGAGCGAGACAUGAUGUCCCAGAUGUGCUCAAUUGGAUUCAGGUCUGGGGAACGGGCGGGCCAGUCCAUAGCAUCAAUGCAGGAACUGCUGACACACUCCAGUCACAUUGUCUUGCAUUAGGAGGAACCCAGGGCCAACUGCACCAGCAUAUGGUCUCACAAGGGGUCUGAGGAUCUCAUCUCGGUACCUAUUGGCAGUCAGGCUACCUCUGGCGAGCACAUGGAGGGCUGUGCGGUCCCCAAAAGAAAUGCCACCCCACACCAUUACUGACCCACUGCCAAACCAAUCAUGCUGGAGGAUUUUGCAGGCAGCAGAACAUUCUCCACGGCGUCUCCAGACUCUGUCACGUCUGUCACAUGUGCUCAGUGUGAACCUGCUUUCAUCUGUGAAGAGCACAGGGCGCCAGUGGUGAAUUUGCCAGUCUUGGUGUUCUCUGGCAAAUGCUGUAAGCACAACCCCUACCUGUGGACAUCGGGCCCUCAUGAAGUCUGUUUCUGACCGUUUGAGCAGACACAUGCACAUUUGUGGCCUGCUAGAGGUAAUUUUGCAGGGCUCUGGCAGUGCUCUUCCUGUUCCUCCUUGCACAAAGGCGGAGGUAGCGGUCCUGCUCGUGGGUUGUUGCCCUCCUACAGCCUCCUCCACUUCUCCUGAUGUACUGGCCUUUCUCCUGGUAGCGCCUCGAUGCUCUGGACACUACGCUGACAGACACAGCAAACCUUCUUGCCACAGCUCGCAUUGAUGUGCCAUCCUGGAUAAGCUGCACUACCUGAGCCACUUGUGUGGGUUGUAGACUCCGUCUCAUGCUACCACUAGAGUGAAAGCACCGCCAGCAUUCAAAAGGGACCAAAGCAUCAGCCAGGAAGCAUAGGAACUGAGAAGUGGUCUGUGGUCACCACUUGCAGAACCACUCCUUUAUUGGGGGGGUCUUGCUAAUUGCCUAUAAUUUCCACCUGUUGUCUAUCCCAUUUGCACAACAGCAUGUGGAAUUGAUUCAGUGUUGCUUCCUAAGUGGACAGUUUGAUUUCACAGAAGUGUGAUUGACUUGGAGUUACAUUGUGUUGUUUAAGUGUUCCCUUUAUUUAUUUUUUUCAGUAUAUAAUUUUUAUUGAUUUAAAAAAAAAAAAAAAGAAAUCGGUAAAAGGUAACAAAUAUUGAGGAAAUAUCCUCAUUUGAAAAACAGUUUGUAUUAACAUAUGUAUGUUAUAGAAUCUACAUCAAAAUUAUUAACAUAUGAGUAUUAUUAAGUAACAAACUACAUAAACAUAUGUAUAUCUUCCGGACCAGAUUUGGUCACCUUUAAAACAAAGUAACAUUUAUACAUAUUUAAUGCACUCACAAAGCAGGAAAAAAAAUCUUUGUUUCAUUUAUUCUUCUUAAAACAGCAAAAUCCAGAAGAAAAAGUCCUAGCAAUGAUGAUGAAGACAAAGAUGCAUUAGACGAAGAUGAUUUUGAUGGAGAGUCAGAUAUCCUAAGCAGUGUUGUGUACACAAGUCCUCUUCCUGACCCCAACAGGGUGAGCAAUCUUGCAGAAAUUGACUUCCUUCUAGCAAUCUGUAGAUGUAUUGUGUUUUGUAAGUUGGAUUGUAUUUUCACAGCAAUCAAAAUGUCACUUUCAAUCAGUCUUCUCAUAUUAAAUCUAGAUAUCUCAUUACCAGUAAUGCUGAAAACCUCUUGUCAAGUGUUCUGGCAAUUUACGCCAUGCAUUUAUAAAUUCCAUUUAUUUGGGCUGUAGUUCUUGAUAAUUUUAACUCUUGAUAUUUUUUACGCUUACAAAAGAAAAAUAAUAAUACCUCCCCUUUGAUAUAGACAUAAGACAUAAUGAUUUAUUUAUAAAAUUUAGUUCAGCAGAAAAAAAUUAUAAUAUAGUAAAUAAUUUGAUUAAUCAAUUCCCUACUAAAAGCAUGUAGUAACAGUUAACUUUCAUGUUGCAUUGCAUAAAACAUGUUUCUCUGUAUCUUUAUAAUCCAAGGAGGAAGAUUAUCAAGUAGCGGAAUCAUUGGAAACCGGAGACCUGGAAGGAUUUGCUUUACAGCCAGCUCCUCAAAACAUGACUUUGAAAUGCCGCAUCACCAGAGAUAAAAAAGGAGUGGACAAAGGCAUUUACCCUACCUAUUACCUACAUCUAGAAAGAGAUGAUGGGAAAAGGGUAAUUACAGACAUUCAAUGUCUGACAAAUUGUGUGGCUAAAUUGUCUUGCAUUAAAUGCCUAAACUUUUUAUAUAUUUGAGGAACACUCCAAUCCCAAUAAACACUACAACCAGCUGUAGUGGUUAUUGUGCCAGGAGUGCCCUGGUACCAUCCCAUAGUUAGCCAUCAAAGUAACAGUCCCGCAGCUGCGGUCCCUGCUUAUGUUCUUCUUCUGCAGCAAAAUCCAAUUGACUCUACAGAGCUGAGCAGAGCCAUACAAGACCAUACUCAUUGGUUGAGAGCAUCAGCUGAAUAAUCUAAGCCAAUGUGUGUGGUCCUGGAUUGGCCAAGACAUCCAGCUUUCCUGCUGAAAGAAAAACAAAACAGAUGAAGUAUGGGUGCCCCGUGGAUCCAGGUAAGUUGCCACAUAUGACUAUUUAUCAUGGGACAGUGCUUGGCUUGAUAAUCACUACAGUGGGCUGUGCUGGUUUAUAGUGCUUGGAGUGUUCUGUUAAGAUAUGUUAUAUGUAAUUUUUAGUAGCAAAAAUAGAGUGAUUUAGAUUACUGUCUAGACAUUUUCUCACUAUUAACUCUGUUAUAUCCGUUUAGCUUUUUCUUAUGGCUGGUAGAAAAAGAAAGAAAAGUAAAACUUCAAAUUAUCUCAUCUCCGUGGAUCCCACUGAUCUUUCCCGAGAUGGGGAAGGCUUCAUAGGAAAAGUCAGGUAAUAUUCGAUGUACAAUUGUCCUCUAUGCCCAUAUCUAAUACAAGACACUAUGAAACACACAUCAUAUCAAAUCAUUUAUUAUUCAUCCAUAAAGGUCCAGCAUAUUUAUUUAUUUUUCUUGAAGCCACAACUAUACAAUGUAUUACAUAUGAUUAGGAUCUAUAUGGAUGAAGUGGUUUUAUCAGAGUCCAUACAGAUGUUCAAACAGCUAUUAGAUGCAUACUUGAAAAAACAGAAUAUUCAAGGAUAUACUCUUUCAAUGUAGCGUAAUAACUGCUUGAUCCAAGGAUAAAUCUGACUGCCAUUCUGGGGUCAAGAAGGAUUUUUUUUCCUAGCUUUUUGCAAAAUUGUGCUUCAAACUGGGUAUUUUGCCUUCUUUUGGAUCAACGGCAAACAACAAAUGUGAGGAAGGCUGAACCUGAUGGACGCAAGUCUCUUUUCAGCUAUGUAACUAUGUAACUAUAUCAUAAAGAGUCAUUUAUAUUUCAACCAACAAUUAUAAACCCUUCUCAGCAAAUAGUCAUUAUUGUGUACCGAAUACCUGUGAUUUUAGGUCAAAUAUGCUGGGUACCAAGUUUACAGUUUUCGACAAUGGAGUGAAUCCGGAGUUGAGACCCUUUGUGCAGGAGAAGGAAUCGCUCAGACAAGAACUGGUAUCUAUAUGCUAUGUAAGUGACAAACAGGCCAAUCUGAUAAUUUAUUGGCAAACCUAAGUGAUCUUGUCUCACAUCUGUGUUUAGAUUAUUACCUUGAGUUCCUUAUGUAAAUGCAAGGGGCUGUAUAUUAGUGAUUUAAUAAACAAUAACAUUGUCUAUAUGGGGUCAACUGGCUGCACUCAGGCAAUGAAUGAGUGUCUAUGCAUCCAAAUUUUCAUAGAACUGACAUUAGCCACCCAGAAUGCUUGUUCUAAACUGGCUGAUGACGCCCCAUGUUGCUGGCGAUGGAGUUAAUAUCUGAAAGCAAAAAUAAAUGUGCGCAUAAUGUUAUAGUUACUAGACUCGUGCAUUAAUUUUUGACUCCAAAUUGCAAUUCAUCUGAAUUUAGACCUGUUGGCAGGUCGUCUGAAUUCCGUAACUCCUUAACCCCAAUGUGUCAUAUGGAGGUAUAACUGAACAAACAACUCAUACAAUGGAUGAGCAUAUCUGUUUGAUUCGUAAUUCAGAGUUUUGUCUGUGGUAUCAAAAAAGAUGAUUGACAGGAAAAUAAAUGAUUGAUGGUUAGGGGACAGCCACUAAAUAUUGAAUUCACAGAUCAAGUGAGGAGUGACCAAUAGAGAGGGAAAGAGGAGAAGUAAAAAAAAACAUUAUAUAUUUGUUAAAUAUACAUAAUGCAUAAAUAUAGUUUUUUGCUGCUUCCCUUUUCCCCUCUAUUGGUUACCUCUUCUCUCUUGAUCUGUGAAUCAAAUGUACUGCACUAUACAUAUACAUACAUAUUUAUAUUAUGCAUAUACUUUUGCAGUACACUUAUUGGUACAUCAACUCACCAUUUUUGGUUAGUCCAAAUUGUUCCCAAAUAUUUUGUAUGGACAAUAUUCAGACGAGCCAAAGUGCCACAUGGGCAACUAUAGGCAUACCUGAACUAAAUUUUAGUUUUGGACAAAGUGAUUAAACUGAACCAAAUGUUUCCACUGAGCACACAUCUUUGUGACUCUUAUGCUAGGAAUACAAUAUUAACUAGCUAUGUCAGCAUUGUUAAAUCAACCUAGACAUGCCCUUUAGUCUGUACUCUUUUAUGACACUUAAACAUUAAAUAUAUUGGUUUGAUUUCAAAGGUUACAUAGGAGUAAAGAAACACCCUAGAAUAUGCUGACUACACAACAAAAGUGUCAAAUAUUAGACACAAAAGACUUGAUUCUUCUACAAGUGAUAAACUUUUGGCAACUGAACAGCAGUUGUCCUGCUGACAUGUAUUGGUACAAUGAUAUUUAAUCACCAGAGUUAUGAUUAUCUCUUGUAGUAGAAUUUAUCCCAAAAGAAGCUUAAUGGAAACAUUUGUGUGCAAUCUGUGGAGUGGUGUGAGUGUGUGUGUGCAAUGCCACAGCAAUGCACCUAUGAGCUGCUACAACAAUGGGCUUAUUUUCAGGCUCUCUGUUAAAAAUCAGCCAUUAAGCAUUAUUAAUGCCAACAUCUGGCAGAUGAUUGUGGCAUAAAAAUACCAAAAGGAUUCUUGGUCCAUUCUUGCUUUUUUCUUUUUGUUUCUUUAAUUUGUAUUUAUGUUGUAGAUCACAUUUUUUUUAUUUUUUUUGUUUCAUGUGCAUCUUUGUAUGAUAAGACUCUUUUUAAUCAUAUAUAAAUGUGUGUGUGUGUUCUCUUUAUUUUCCAUCAGGGAACCAAUGUUUUGGGAUUUAAAGGUCCUCGGAAAAUGACUAUCAUUCUACCUGGAAUGAACAUGGAUGGUGAAAGGGUAUCUAUUCGGCCAAAGAAUGUAAGCGAUGAGAUUUAGCUUUAUUUAAAAAAAUUCUAUGGAAAUAUUACACAACAAUUGAUGUACUAAAAUUAGUAGGGUAAUGGUAGCUUGUCAAUUAAAAGCUUGUAAUCAAGGCAUAAGUCUAAAAUAUUUUUUUCAGCAGAGCCUUAGAUUUUAGAGGUGCUAUAAAACCUAUAAGCCAAUUGUUCUUAAACUUACAAGUAAGGUUCCAAACUUGUGUCCCUGUACUCUUUAAUUGAGUCUUUACCCCAUUUGUGAUAAAAAUAAAAAAAACUUUUUGCACUGCCUCCUCCACAGUGGGCCAAUCAAAUACUCCUCACAAAACAGCAUUGGGGACCCGGUGCACAUGCCCGGUGAGUACCUUGAUUUAAUGCUUAACUGUGAGGGCUUCCUCGCUCAGUACCGCUGAAGUACCUUCCGUGAGAUGAAGAAGUCUGGAUGACUUUAGUGAAACCCAUACCUCCCCGCUUUUCAAAUGGCUCAAUGCCAUGGCAUGGCAACGCCUCGAUCUCACGAGAGUGAACUCUAGCCAGCAGGCUAGAGUUCACUCACGCACUAGGACCACCAGCGAUGGUGUGAGAGUGCCGGACCCCCAUCCCAGGCUAAAGGUAAGAAGGGAGGGGGGACAUAAUGCCUGCUUAGUUAUUUUAUUUGUUUAUUUAAUCCCCCCCCACACACACACACACAAUCCAUUCUAACAUUUAUACACAGCACUCUCACACACAUCACACUCAGCACCCUCACACACAGCACUGUCACACACAUCACACUCAGCACUCUCACACACAUCUCAGCACUCUCACACAACACUCUCACACACAUCACACUCAGCACUCUCACACACAGCACUCUCACACACAUCACACACAGCACACUCACACACAUCACACUCAGCACUCACACACAUCAUACACAGCACUCUGACACACAUCAUACACAGCACUCUGACAUACAUCAUACACAGCACUUUCACACACAUCAUACACAGCACUCUCACACAGAUCAUACACAGCACUCUUACACUCAGCACUCUCACACACAUCAUACACAGCACCCACACACACCGCACCCUCACACACAGCAUCGAUCACACACACAUAUUGCACCCCUCACAUACACACAGAACCUCCCCAACACACUGCACCACACACAUACACAAUAUUUCCAAACAUAUAUAUAUAUAUAUAUAUAUAUAUAUACAGCACCCCUCACACUCACUGCACCCCUCACACACAUUCUGCACCCCUAAACACAUUGCAUUCCAGACACACACUAGAUCCCUUACCCAACUUUGGAUUAUCUACACACAUACACACACUAGAUCCCUAUAUACACUCUGAAUCCGUUAUAUACGCACACUCACUAGAUCUCCUAUACACAUUUUGGGUCCUACAAACACACACUAGACUCAUAUAUAGGACCGAAUGGGUCGAAACGUCGGCAAUUUUUGAUGCUAUACCUAUUGGGAUAAACUACCUCCUUUUUUUCAUUUAUUAAGUCCUAAGAAUGCAUCUCUUUAUUCUCUCUGUGUGUGUGUAUAUAUAUAUACAGGGCUGGACUGGAAACUAAAAUCAGCCCUGGAAAAAAAUUCUAUACCAGCCCAAUAUUGCGUCGCGCCAGCAUAGUGUGCUGAUAAAGAGGGUGAAAAAAUAACUUGAAAUUGAAAACUCUUACUCCAACGAAGGAACGCAUAUAGGGCUUCAAAAUAAACAAAAGAGCGCCUUUAUUUUAAGUAGACGUACAUUUGCAUGUAAUGUUUCAGUACAACUACUUUGGCCUAUUAAGGACAUUUUAGUAAUGAAAUGCUGAAUGUCUGCAGUUACACAACUAAAAAAAUGAAGUGAUCUGGUUAAUUUUGAAGUUCUAUGGGUGCGCUCUUCACUUUGAAUAUGUUAUUUUGCAUGAGUAUGCAACUAGCAACAAGACAGGGCCAAUAUGUGCUCAUUACAUAUAUAUAUAUAUAUAUAUAUAUAUUUAAAAUGACAUAUUUAAUGACAUUUAUGUGUGUAUUAUGCAUAAAUAAAUGUAUAUUACUAUAUGUGUAAAUAUUAUAGGCAUAAUUAUAUGUUACUAAUACACACAUCAAUUUACGUCUAUUACCUUUAUCUCGUUUAGUGUAUCUUGUCUCCAGUUGUCUCCUUUUUUUCUCUUACAGCGACCCAUGUGCAUCUUUUACUUCAUCCCAGUCCCUGUGUGUUUCUUUUUACCCUUCUCCAGCCUCUGUAUUUCUCUUUCCCCCAGCCCCUUUUGUGUUGUUCUUAGCCCCAGCCACUUUGUCUCUUUCUCCCCUUCCAAAUCUCAUCUGUGUGUCUCUUUCUAACUCCAGACUCUGUGUGCCUCUUUCUCUUCUCCCAGUCACUCUCUGUCUCUUUUUCCCCAGCCCAGCGUUGCCUCCCACAAAUCUAGUGUCACUUUGUUCCCCUUCCCUACUGUAUGUCUCUUUGUCCCCCAACAAACCUUCUGUGUGUCUCUCUUCCCCAUCUCCUCCCUGUGUCUCUCUCUUACCCCUCUGUCUCUGUGUGUCCCCUUCUCCUGUGUCUCACUAUUACCCCUCUCUUUGUCCCCCCAACCCCCUAUUACCCCUCUGUCUCUUUGUCCCCCCUUCCCUGGUGUCUCUCUAUUACCCCUCUCUUUGUCCCCCCAUCCCCUGUCUCUCUAUUACCCCAUCUGUCUGUGUCCCCCCUUGCCCUAUGUCUCUCUAUUACAGCUCUGUCUCUUUGUCCCGUCCCCCCAACCUGGUGUCUUUCUAUUACCCCUCAGUCUCUGUGUCCCCCCUUCCCCUGUGUUUCUAUUACCCCUCUAUUUGUCCCCCCCUUCCCCUCUAUUUGUCUCCCCCCCAUUCCCCUCUAUUUGUCUCCCCCUUCCCCCCAUUCCCUAUUUGUCUCUCCCAUUCCCUAUUUGUCUCCCCAUUCCUAUUUGUCCUCCUAUCCCUCUAUUUGUCUCCCCCCCUCUAUUCCCCUUUUAUUUGUCCUCUAUUCCUUAUUUGUCCCCCCAUUCCUCUCUAUUCCGUCCCCCUUUUCCUUAUUUGUCCCCCAUUCCCUCUCUUAUUUGUCUCCCCUUCCUCUAUUUGUCUCCCCUCUUCCCUCUAUUUGCCCCAUUUCCUAUUUAUCUCUACCCUUCCCUCUAUUUGUCUCCCCAUUCCCCUCGUAUUGUCUCCCAUUCUCUAUUUGUCUUUCCCUUCCCUCUAUUUGUGUCCCCCCAUUCCCCUCUAUUUGUCUCCCCCUUCCCCUCUAUUUGUCUUCCCCCCAUUCCCCUCUUUUGUGUCCCCUCCCUUCUGACCUUGUCACAGGAGGUCUAAGGGAGAGGGCAGAGCUAACUACCAUGCUCCCUUGUGGUUCCCAUAAUUCCCAGCAUGGACACAUCAUAGAGUAGGGAUUACUGUAUGAUGUGUAGAUGCUGGGAAGUUUGGGAACCGCGAGGGAGCAUGGUAGUUAGCUCCGCUGUCUCCCUCAGUCCUCCUGUGCUGACAGCCGCAUGGCUGUCAGUAUCAGUGAGUGUGCUGCUGGAUUGCUUAGGCGGCCGCCCGACACACUCACUGAUACUGACAGCUGUCAGCACAGGAGAUGGGGCCGCUGGCCGCAUGGUGAGUAAUCACCUCAGAGUGUGCCGCCGGAGCAGCCACCCGGCCGCACCGACCUGCGGCUGCGAUAUUAUUAAAAUAUAGAGAGCAGGGCUCCCUCUCUCCAGCCCCCUAGGUGCCGCGGCCUACAGGGAAAUUUCCCGGUAUCCUGUGGGCCAGUCCGGCCCUGUAUAUAUAUAUACAUACACACACACACAUAUACACUCUGGAUCCCCUAUACACACACUAGAUUCCUUGUAAGCAAACACAUGCCGCGGCCUACAGGGAAAUUUCCCGGUAUCCUGUGGGCCAGUCCGGCCCUGUAUAUAUAUACAUACACACACACACAUAUACACUCUGGAUCCCCUAUGCACACACUAGAUUCCUUGUAAGCAAACACAUACUACACCCCUAAACACCCAAUUUGUACAAACACUACAUCACCUAUAUACACACACACUAUAGCCUGUAUGCACACACUUGCUACAUCCCCUAUACACACACAUUCUCUCGAGCCCCUAGCCACAUAUGCAUCACAUUACACCACAAACAGAACACAAAUAAAACCGACCUUAUUACACAAUGCCACACCACAAUCAGCUCACUCUACACACACGCAAUACCACAAGCAGGUUCCAACAUAUGCACAAUACUCUGUUCUGGCAUUUUUGUCUCCUGGUAUCCAUUUAUAGAGACACUAGAGGCAAGUUGCAAGUAAACACAGUGCAUGUUAUUAAAUUUGCUUGCACUGUGCAGAACAAAUACAGGGCUUUUUUCUCAUGCUAGAGCUCUUCAGCAUGGUCUGCCCUGGAAGAGCAUUGAACCAACAUACACACUUUGAGAGGCGGCGUGUUUGUCAUUAGUGAUGACAAAACACACCUCCUCUGCCCCGUCCCCUUCAUAGUGGUCCGCUGUGAUAAAAAAAAUGCCCGAGACGAAUUUUUUUCCCAGUCCGGCCCUGCAUGGAUAUCCAUACUAAUACACAGACACACUGUAUGACACACAUUCAGAUAUACAGACACACACUGAUACACAUGCGGAUACAGAGACACGCAUACAGACAGACACACAUAUAGACACACAUGCAGAUGCACAUACACAGAAUGACACUCAUGCAGAUAUAAACAGUAACACACAUGCAGACAAACAGAUACACAUACAGACACACAUGCAGACAAACAGAUACACAUACAGAAACAGAUACACAGAGACAUACAGACACAAAUGCAGACAAACAGAUACACAUAUAGACACGCAUGCAGAUACACAGACACACUUAAUGGCAAACAUUCAGAUACACAUACAGACAAACAGACAAAGAGAUACACACACACAUAUACACACAAAAAAACACACACUUAUACACACAGACAGACAUACACACACAUACAGAUAUACUGAUACAGACAUUCUCUUUCUUACACACACACACACAUACACACAAACUGUUAAAAAAACAUUUAGUCAUCCUCCUGUUUCCUACCUUUUAGGUGCAGGAGGGUGACUUCCCUGGGGUCCAGUGGUUGCCUCAUGCUGAUGUGAGUCAGAGCUCCAACUCCCUCCUGUCCUCCCUGGCGGUCGCCUCUGACGUCAUCACUGGAGCCCGGUCGCAUUCUUUAAUUGCUGCAGCGCUGUUCAGGAACCAGGAAAUCCAUUGCCAUCGGGUGGCCCCAAGAGCAUGGGCCACCUAAUGGGCUCCUUCAAUGCGCACCACUAUGCCGGCAUGCACCUCGAUCACUGUGGUCGGAGGGCAGCUGGGCCCCCUGGAAUGACGAGUCUGGUCACAGCUGCGAUGCCUGUGACCACGGUAGUUCCGCCAGUGCUUGGGAGAUAUGCCUUAGGCACUCCAUAUUUGGUGCAGUUUGUAGGUUAGGUUACACAUUCUUUUUUUUUAUUCUUUAUUUUAUGCGUGCAUAGAAUAGACAAUCAGUAUUGCACUGCCACAACAGCUGGUGCAUGCAUAUCAUUGAAUAAAGUAUAACAUUAGUGUGAGUGUGACAUUGGUAACAUUGCACAUUUUAUGUUAAGAAAGGUAAACAUGGUUAAACGAAAAGCCUACAUGUCUCAGCGUUUAGCAGUAUAACGGCUGACUAAUCCUUUAACCGUUGAAUUUAACAUGCUAUGUGAACUUCUCUAGACCUGACGCAAAGUAUAGAUUAUCAUUGCAGUAAUAUUGAGAUCUUGAGAUGCUUAUGCAGUACCAAGGACCAAUAAGACAGUAGAUCACUGGGAUCAAGCAUUAUCAAAAUUAAAAGUAAAAUGAAUCGCUUCAAUACUUGUAGCAAGUUGCCUAGGAAAUCUGCUUAUUCACAUUUAGCUUGUGCCUCUUCUGUGCCUGAUUAUGAAUCACUUCCUGGCCUAGCAGGUAGUAAAGGUCCAGUUUUUAUGAGUGUAACGUAAGUUAGCAAGGUAAGACAUUUCCAGUACUCUGGUGCCUUCAUUAAAGGGACACUAUAGUCACCUGAACAACUUUAGUUUAAUGAAGCAGUUUUGGUGUAUAGAACAUGUCCCUGCAGCCUCACUGCUCAAUCCAUUUAGGAGUUAAAUCCCUUUGUUUAUGAACCCUAGUCACACCUCCCUGCAUGUGACUUGCACAGCCUUCCAUAAACACUUCCUGUAAAGAGAGCCCUAUUUAGGCUUUCUUUAUUGUAAGUUCUGUUUAAUUAAGAUUUUCUUAUCUCCUGCUAUGUUAAUAGCUUGCUAGACCCUGCAAGAGCCUCCUGUAUGUGAUUAAAGUUCAAUUUAGAUAUUGAGAUACAAUUAUUUAAGGUAAAUUACAUCUGUUUGAAAGUGAAACCAGUUUUUCAUGCAGGCUCUGUCAAUCAUAGCCAGGGGAGGUGUGGCUAGGGCUGCAUAAACAGAAACAAAGUGAUUUAACUCCUAAAUGACAGUGAAUUGAGCAGUGAAAUUGCAGGGGAAUGAUGUAUACACUAAACCUGCUUUAUUUAGCUAAAGUAAUUUAGGUGACUAUAGUGUUCCUUUAAUGUUUCUGUCAUUUACUAUGUAGAGCAUUGAGACUUACAAAAGAUUCCAGGUGCUUGGGGAAAGGGUGGAGGUAGCAAGCUCUCUCUGCGCAAUCAGGGGACGUAGAGGGGGCGUGGGUCCAAUCUGAUGAUGAUUAGCUCAUCAUAAAAAUUAUAUGCCAAUUUUAGAAAACAAAACAAAGAAAAACAAGUAAAAAAACAAAACAAAACCAACUUCGAACCACAAUUAGAAAUAGUACCCGUGAGAACUUACGCCUAUCGUGGGCUGGAAGUCUCACAGGUUGAGGCAGAUGGUACUCUCAGGUUUUUCUUGUAGCUGCACAGAAAAAUAAAAAGUAGGAACUCUAAAAUAAUAUGUUACCGAACUUUGAACCGAUAUGGCGUGUGCGAGGUACAGUGUGAGUGUCUGACCGGGUGAGAGAGUCCUGGGGUAGGCCCAGGUCCCUUAGUAGUGCUUCAGGUCUGCACAUUCUUUUUUAAUUGUUUUAAUAAAAAUUAGAACUAAUUUGUUUUGCUCCAUCAGUGUUACUCCAAAAGUACUGCUGAAUAUGAUGUCAUGGCUUAGGUUUCUGAGAGUUGUAGUUCAGCAGGUGUCUGACUAAACUACCAGUCUCAUCCUUCUGUGACAAUAAAGCAGUUUUUGGGAAAAGCCUAUGAGGGUUCUAGAAAGUAUUGUUAGCAUUAGUCACUUCCUGGUUUGGUGAGAGCACAAUGCACAUCCUGCACAUCCUGGAGUUUUGAAGGAAAUUCAGAAACUUUGGAAACUUUUAUUAUUGUUUAUAUAUAUACUUUUCAUAUAAUGCAUUAAAUAUAAUAUGUGAAAUCUAGCCUGGAGUCCCUAUACCUGCCUAAAGCAACAUAGUUUCAGAAUUAUUUUGCUGUAUUUCUUUCAAAUUUUGGUUGUACAUAGUAAUAAAGAGUGCAUGUAACAUCUUUCUCAUAUUUAUACUUCAUUCCUGAAGGAACAUGAGACACUGUUAGCUCGCUACCAGAAUGGUAACAUGGAGAAUAUCACAGUUCUGCAAAACAAAGCUCCGUCGUGGAAUGAGGAGACCAGCUCAUACAUGCUAAACUUCCAUGGACGUGUCACUCAAGCUUCUGUAAAGAAUUUUCAGAUCAUAUCUUCUCAGGACCGUGAGUAUCUAACUUACCUUCAUUAACAUGGCUGCAAGAAGUUUUUUUUACAGUUCACCAAGCAUAUUUAAGAGGCAAUGUAUGCACUGAUCACUAUAGUCUGCUGUAGUGGUUAUAGUGCCACCAUGCAUAUAGUACCAUCCCCAGUUCUGUGUCAAACUGUUUUUAAGCAGUUUAUUGCAAACCUGAGGUCACCUGGCUACCCCUUACGUGGCAUAUUGAUAUUGUGGAAGUUAAACAUCAGUAUUAACAAUAUUUAUCUUGAUCCAUGUAUUGGCUGAGCACAUCUGCUGACAUGCUUAGUCAACAAAUAAUGUCUUACUUGUACAAUAUUGGCAUUGCAAAUAUGGAAGUGUAACAUCCGCAGACGCAAUACAACAUAUGAAGGACCAAGUCAUGUGUUAUCUUCUCUUGUGAAGAGAAAAAGCUUUCGGAUCGGAAAAUAUAUAUCUACACUGGCAAGUAACCUGCCCCACAAGUUUAACUUUUUUGUCAACUCUUAAGACCUUGUAUUUUUUUUACCCAGUGUGACCAACCAAUAGUAAGCUAAAUCUGCUUAUGUCAUGAUACCCACAGUAGGUAAUUCUUGCGCAUAAUGGCACGUGUGACUUCAUAUUGCAACUAAAUUAUGUGAACAGAUGUAACACCAAUAGAUCCUUUUUUUAGAUGAUGUCAAAAGUGAAAUCAGCCAGUCUGCACUAGUGCUGUAAAAACAGAUGUUUGGCAAAUAUAUACCUCUUAGAACAAACAUUUUAUCAUGAAAAAUGGGUAUAACCAAGCAUGUGAGAUUGGUUUACUGAGAUGUAUAACAUUGGGCAACAAAAAUUACUUUGUUAUCCUAGAGCAGGGGUAGGCAACCUUUUAGCAGCACUGUGCCGAUAUAGGAUUGUGAUGUCCCGUAGCGUGCCAGUCCUAUUUUUUUAAACUGAGGUGUAUAUGCUGCCAUAUUCUGCUUGUGUUAUUUUUACUGUAAUUGCUUUGUAUUGUUGUAUUUGUGCGUAUAUGAGCUAUUAUAUUGUAUAUGCUCAUUAGUAGUUUAUGGUAUUGUGUAUGAUACAUAUGAAUGUGGGCUGUGUAUGAGGGCUGCUUGUGGAAUUGUGUGCAUGUAUGUGGGUUGUUAGUGGUGUUGCGUUUGUGGGGAUUGUGUGUAUGUUUUUGUGAGGGCUGUUCGUGUUAUUUGUAUGAGGGGAGGCUUAUUCUGUAGGUCUGUGUAUAUCCAGCAGUGUGGGUGGCUUCCCUGGGUUCCAGUGGGGACCAGGCUGGCGAGGUACAGAUCAAGGACAGGAGCUGCAACAGCAGCUGCGGGCUGCUCUACAACAGUGUGGAUUCCCAUUCACAAGUGCUGGGAGGAACUGAUCUGAGAUCACUUCCUCUACGUUCUGCAAUGCAUAAAUUGAGGAUUGUCCUUCACUACCUCUUUGUAUUAGCAGAUAUCUGAAGUUUCACUGAGACUCCUGAUAGGCCAGAGCCUGUUUUGCUCUAGCAGCCUUGAGUGCCGUGGAAAGACACCUCGAGUGCCAUGCAUGGCACUAGUGCCGUAGGUUGCCUACCCCUGUCCUAGAGCAAGGGUAGGCAAACCUUUUAGUAGUACUGUGCCACAACAAGAUUUUGUUGGUGCAAGGAUUUUUGCCAUCCUAGGCAAAGCUUCAUUCUACAGCCCCAUUGGCUCUGCCCUAGACUCCACCCCCUCCUGUUGUGUUCGAGGAGGGUGUGUAUGGUGGAUGAGGUGCACGUGUAUAGUGGAUGCAGUGUGUGUAAUAGAUGUAGAGUGUGUGCUUAUAUGGUGAAUGCAGAUUGUAUGUUUGUGUAAUGGAUGCAGUGUGUGCAGUGUCUGUGUAAUUUAUGCGUGGGUAGUGGAAAUAGUGUGUAGUGGAUGCAGUUUGCAUAGUGAUUAUAGAGUAUGUGAAGCAGAUACAGUGUGAAUAUAGUGAAUGCAGAGUGUAUGUUUGUGUAGUGGAUACAGUGUGUGUUUGUGUAGUAGAUACAGUGUGUGUUUGUGUAGUGAAUGCAGACUGUAUUUAUGCAGUGGAUGCAGCGUGUAAAGUGCAAGGUGGCGGUGUGUACAGUGCAAGGUGUAACGAUGCCUUACCUUUCCUCCUCGGUCCCACGCCGCACAGCAUCCUCUUCCGGCGAGUGGCACAGCCCCUCUGACGCCGGCCGCGCAAAUGCCGACGUCGGUCACACGCGACCACGCCCCCGGACCUUCUGGGGGCGUGGUUUUAAAGCAAAAUACCCCACACUAUAAAUGGGCGCCCCUGGCAUUUGCAAGGCGCCCUAGUGUGGUUCUUGUUAGUACCUCUAGUGCUCAUACUCUCUUUUAGUGUUGAUUCCCUGGUUAUUGACUUUUGUUUUUCCUUUUGACUACUCUGCUCUCAUUGUUCCGUACUUUGGCUAGGUCUUAUCGUUUAUCCGUCUUCUGUACUCCCUUGAUCUCUGGCUAUCCAUUUGACUACUCUAUACGUUAGUCCGGCCACUCUAAGGUCCGGUAUACGUUCUUCUGGGUUACACUCUGUGAGAAGGGGUCACUGUCGUGACACAAGGUAGCAGUAUGUAAAGUACAUAGUGCAAGGUGUCAGUGUGUAUAGUGUAAGGUGGCAGUGUGUAUAGUGUAAGGGGGCAGUGUACAUAGUGCAAGGUGGUAGAGUGAAGUGAGAAGUGGCAGUGUAUAUAAUGCAAGGAGGUACCUGGUUAUGAGUCAGGAUGGAAUGGAUGAGAGGAAGCGGUGCAACAUAGCAUGUGGUGAGAAGGGGCCCAGUCAGCACCAUCUUGUCUUUCCAGCUGCUUCUCAAUGCAACUUUUGCGAGUAUGGCCUGCUUUGACAUAUUAACCUGUGGCAAUGCUCUGACGGCUGCAGGGUUCGGGUUGUUUGGAGUGACGAGCACCUGGAAAGAGAAGAUGGCGCUGGCUGGGCCCCCUGCUGUCACUCUCUAAUGGCGGCCCUGAUUGGGGGCAUAAAUUAUUUUAUUAUAAGGUUAUGGAGACAGCAUCAACUCUCUUAAACCAUCAACAAAAUAAAGUUCAUGCUGUCCCCAUAACCUCAUAAUAAAAUAUAUUAUGUCCUGAGAUUAGGGGACAUCAUUAGGUCCUGAGAUUAGGGGACAUCAUAUAUUUUUUAUGAGGUUAUGGGGACAGCAUGAACUUUAUUUUGAGGUUAGGCCCUAACUAAGUUUAUGCAGCCUCCCACCCCCUAACCUCUAAAUAAAGUUGAUGCUGUCCCCUAGACUGUAAUUUACAAGGGGCAUGUAUGUAAAAUAAUAAUAAAAGGUACUGUACCUUGUCAUUCACCCAGCCAAUACUCCUGAUCUCUCUCCUACAGGGAUUGUUCAGGGUAUGGCUAGGGCUGGAACACUCCCCCCCUCCCCCCACUCCUCCUUCUUCCCUUUUAAUAGAUGGUGGGUAGGAGACGCAAGGGGAGGGGGCAGAGGCAUUGAGGGGUGUCAUAUGAAUGACUCUCCACGCAUUGGCAGACAGGGCACGCAGCUAAAUUAAAUUCCAGCUCCUCCUUGCAAGAUAGAGGAGCUGGAGUGAGUGGGAUGACCAAGCUUUAACAUGCAGCCGCCCGGCACGCAAACCGGGCACUGCAAUUAGAUUUCUGGCGUUUUUGAAAUGCUCUUUUUAGAACAGCGCCAGACCAGUGGCUCUCUCUCCUUAGUGCCGCAGCACGUGAACAAGCGUCGCGCGCAGCGGUGAGUCGGUGAGGUACGGCACCCCUUCAAAAUGUGUGCCCUAGGACAGCGCCUACUUCGCCUAUAGAUGGUGCCCGCCCUGAGUCUGUUGGUGUGCCAAUCCUCUUUUUUAAGGAUCAGCACACCAUAUUCUGCUUGUCUUAUUUAUGGGUGCUUCAGCUGCUUUGUAGUGUUGUACUUGUGCCUGUAUGGGCUAUUACAUUGUAUAUGUUCAUGAGUAGUUUGUGGAAUUGUGUAUUAUACCUAUGAAUGUGGGCUAUGUAUGGGGGCUCCUUGUGUAAUUGUGUGUGGAUGAGAUGUCACAUUGUAUUUUUGUGUGGGUCAACUUGGGGGUAUUGCAUGUAUAUAGUUACAUAGUUACAUAGCUGAAAAGAGACUUGGUCCAUCAAGUUCAGCCUUCCUAACAUAUGUUUUUGCUGUUGAUCUAGCUAUUACCCCACUAAUUAGAAAUUAUAUCCCUGUAUGUUAUGUUUUUGCAAGUAUUUAUCCAAUUGCAGGCUAAACAUCUGUAUGGACUCUGAUAAAACCACCUCUUCAGGCAGAGAAUUCCAUAUCCUUAUUGCUCUUACUGUAAAAAAAACCUUGUCUUUGCCUUAGAUGAAAUCUAAUGAAAUGCCUAUUUCAAGAUCAUUUAUAAAUAUGUUAAAUAGAAGCGGUCCUAAAACAGAACCCUGAGGGACAUCAAUUACCACUUUUGUCCAGCCUGAAAAUUUACCCUUAAUAACAACUCGUUGUACUCUAUCCUUAAGCCAAUGUUCUAACCAAGAACAAGAAUAUUUAUGUAGACCAAUUUAGUUUGAAGACUAACCUAUUGUGAGGAACCGUAUCAAAUGCCUUGGCAAAAUCCAAGUAGAUCACAUCCACUGCAACACCCUGAUCUAUACUUCUACUUACUUCUUCGUAGAAUGCAAUUAGGUUAGUUUGACAUGACCUAUGUUUCAUAAAACCAUGUUGAUUAUUGCUAAUAACAAACUUAUUCCCAAUGAAUUCCUGAAUAUUAUCCCUUAAUAGCUCUUCAAAUAUUUUCCCAGUCACAGAAGUUAAGCUCACAAGUCUAUUAUUUCCAGGCAAGGAUUUUGAACCCUUUUUAAAUAUAGGAACGACAUCUGCCUUCCUCCAAUCUUCCAGUUCAAUACCUGAAACAAAAGAAUCUUGAUAAAUUAAAUACAGAGAUUCACUUAUUUGCCCACUUAAGUACUUGUGGGUGAAUACUGCCAGGCCCCGGAGCUUUAUUUGCAUUAAUUUUCUGUAGCACCUUGUCUCGAGUCAUUCAAUCACAAGUUAUCUGCAAGUUUUUUUGCAGCAAUCAUUUGUUUUUUGGUACAAUAUUUUUCACACCACGACCCCAAUUCCACUAGGACGUGGAUACACAUCAACUUCAUACUAUUAAUUUCUGAAAUGCAAUUUCUGAUUCUUUCAUCCUACUAUUCUACUAUUCUAAGCUCUCUACUCCGACUACUGACUAUAUAUUUAUUCCUUUUUCUGUAUAGCUGAGAACUUUGUGAUGCAGUUUGGACGUGUGGCAGAGGAUGUUUUUACCAUGGACUACAGAUAUCCCAUGUGUGCUCUGCAGGCAUUUUGUGUCUGUCUGUCCAGCUUUGACGGCAAACUGGCUUGCGAGUAAACAAUAGAAUAAAAUAAAAUACACUCAUGGAAUGUGCAAUAUAGAAUCAAACAAUCCAUCUUUUCGUCAUUUCUGUUUCCAUUGUCUAAUUUCUUUUCCGAGGUAGAGAUUGAUUUUCGAAAUAAAUAUAUUGAUAAAGGCAGCCAGUUGGUGCCGAAACGUUGGGGGGUUUGGUGACUCGUGUUUCUGUCCUGAGGCUUGUAAGAAUUUUUGUGUUAAUUUAUUAUUAUUUUAUCGUAUUUGCCCUUGCUUCUGUCACUUUGUUUAUUUUUUUCUUAUAUGUUUUCACUCUGGUACUUUUUUGUACAUAAUAAAGCUAAGUUUUUUGAGAUUGUUCUAGUG